AUGAAGGCUUUGGGGAACAGCUGGCUCCUUUUGCUCUUUGCACUUAAUCUGAGAAGCAUCCACUCCUCCUUUGUCAACGUCAACCGUGGGGUGAAAGUGAUGAAGGGCCAGUCCAUCUUCCUGUUGCAAGAGGACCUGCAGUUUUCCAUUCCUCGAGAGAAGGACGCUUGCAAAGUGGAAGUUGUGAUGAACGAGCCGAUGACGCAGAGGGUUGGGAAACUAACCCCACAGGUAUGUGAAAUAUCAUGGCAUGGCAAUUUGGGGAGCUGGGAAGAGAAGGAAAAGGGAUGACUUAUUGGGAGUAACUGGACUUUGGAAUGGCGGAAUGGCCAUUCUCAAACAUAGCAUUGGCUUCCAUUGUAGUGUAGAGUAGUUUGGACUUGAUAUUCCGCUUUAUCACUACCCUAAGUAGUCUCAAAGCGGCUAACAAUCUCCUUUCCCUUCCUCGGCCACAACAAACACUCUGUGAGGUGAGUGAGGCUGAGAGACUUCAGAGAAGCGUGACUAGCCCAAGGUCACCCAGCAGCUGCAUCUGAAGGAGCAGGGACUCAAACCCAGUUCACCAGAUUACGAGUCCACUGCUCUUAACCACUACACCACACUGGCUCUCAGUGGCUUUUCAUUGUGAGUGAAGCUUGUUUGUUAGUUAAAAGCUUUUGAUACAUCUUUUCCCAAACUGAAGCAACUGCAUACAGCCCCACCUAUAUAUCGAUGGGCAAAGCAGACUUACCAUAUCUCUAAUUUUUCUCCACUGCUGCUGAAUGAAACAGCACUUUGCCCUCAAAUGCUUCUAAUUUGUGCUUGCUUUGGUUUUUUAAAAACUAUUAUUAAAAGCCACCAGGAGGUAAGUCAGCUGUUCAUGUACAUUUUAGAUAAGACCCCCAGGGCAAAGCCCAGCACUGUACAGCUCUUAACCACAAGCAAGGGUUCCUUUUAAUUGCUCCCCAUGUAGUAAUGGCGUGACUAAAAUGUGAAUGCACAGCAUACCAUGGGACUUGUUCAGUUUCCAAGAAUUACCAUCAACAGAUGGUAAACAUACAAAGGGGUUUUUUAUGCCUUCUUUCCACAUCAUACAUAUUUCCCAUAUCACCUUUCUUCUACAGUGGUGCCUCGCAAGAUGAAAUUAAUUUGUUCUGCGAGUUUUUUCGUCUUGCGAUUUUUUCGUCUUGCAAAGCACGGUUUUAACGGGUAUUAACGGUUUUAAGAAAAAGGAAACAAACUUGCAAGACAUUUUCGUCUUGCGAAGCAAGCCCAUAGGGAAAUACGUCUUGCGAAGCAACUCAAAAAACGAAAAACUCUUUCGUCUUGCGAGUUUUUCGUCUUGUGAGGUACCACUGUACUUUUGUCCCAUCUGGGUUUACUUGUGGGAACCUGUGUGGAGAAAGCAACGUUUUCUCGAUCUGGUUACUAAUACAAAAUAGAAUGGGAUGCUUUGAGAGCAGCGUGGCUGGCACUGAGAGCAGUGAUCAUGUGUGUUUUCUUCCGCCACCCUGGUAUUGGAAACAAAAACGGGUCAGGCGCACAAAAUUACAGUAUACUCGGCGGCUCCUGCUGCUGGGUGGGGAAAUGUUUGAUUUGAGGACUAUGUGCACACCAAACAGUUAAAGUAAACAGCUCCCCCCCCCCCCAAGAAUCCUAAGAACUGUAGUUCAAACACAAAGAGAGCCCGAGGUUCAGGACCUUCAACAAACUACAGUUCCCAGGAUUCUUUGGGGAAAGGCGUGUAGUUUAAACAUAUGGUGUGUAUGCAACCUAUGCAGUCAUGCAAAUCCCAUAUGCCUAGUUUGGCUUUGGAAUAUCAGUGGCUAGGGGGAGUCUGCUGCCUAAUUGCCUUGUUCAUGAGCUUCCUGAGGGCUACUGUGGGAACCUAAUUCCAGAGCUAGAUGGACCUUUGUUCUGACUUCUCUGGGCUCUUUUUAUAUUCUUCUGGCUAUAUCAAUAUGAAGUUUCACUCUUAUGUAGUAAGUAUCCCAUAAAAAUGUGGCCAGGUGCACAGCCUGGGAGUCAUUUUGGACUCACAGCUGUCCAUGGAGGCACAGGUUAAUUCUGUGUCCAGGGCAGCUGUCUACCAGCUGCACCUGGUACGCAGGCUAAGACCCUACCUGCCCCGCAGACUGUCUUGCCAGAGUGGUGCACACUCUAGUUAUCUCCCGCUUGGACUACUGCAAUGUGCUCUACGUGGGACUACCUUUGAAGGUGACCUGGAAACUACAACUAAUCCAGAAUGCAGCAGCUAGGCUAGUGACUGGGGGUGCCCACCGAGACCACAUAGCACCAGUCUUGAAAGACUUACAUUGGCUCCCAGUACGUUUCCUAGCACAAUUCAAAGUGUUGGUGUUGACCUUUAAAGCCCUAAACGGCCUUGGCCCAGUAUACCUGAAGGAGCGUCUCCACCCCCGUCGUUCUGCCCAGAUGCUGAGGUCCAGCGCCAAGGGCCUUCUGGCGGUUCCCUCAUUGCGAAAAGUGAGGUUACAGGGAACCAGGCAGAGGGCCUUCUCGGUAGUGGCGCCCGCCCUGUGGAGCGCCCUCCCAUCAGAUGUCAAAGUGAUAAACAACUACCUGACAUUCAGAAGACAUCUUAAGGCAGCCCUGUUCAGGGAAGUUUUUAAUGUGUGACUUUUUAGUGUAUUUUUGGUCUCUGUGGAAGCCGCCCAGAGUGGCUGGGGAAACCCAGCCAGAUGGGCGGGGUACAAAUAAAUUAUUAUUAUUAUUAUUAUUAUUAUUAUUAUUAUUAUUAUUUAUCAACGAGAACAUCGUUCUGGUCACUUUGCUUCAAUGAAUACUGCUCGUGCACCAGCCAGUUGCACCCUUUUUCAGAGAUGCACCAAGCUCACCCCAUAUGUGGACUAAUACAUGUUCACCAUCUGCCUCAUCAAAUGAUGGGAUGAAUGUAUUUUAGAGGAAGCCAAAUAUCUCUUACUUGUUGCUCUCUACACAAAGGAAGUCCUUCUAGUUACCUAGCAGAGGUGCAGCCCCCUACAACAGCUUUGGUGGCCAAAUUUGAUUUGGCAUCGGCCAGCUCUCUAGGAGUGCAUAGGCAUGCCAUAUUUCAAAAAGUAAAAUUCCAGCCCCGCCCAUUCCAUUUGGCUGCGCUCAUUAUUAUGUUGCAGGAGGGGGACCCUCAAAGGCACCGGCUGCCUUCGGAUAGGGAGAUGACCGGCAGCAACAGAAACAUCUCAGCUUAAAAUUCAAUAAUUGCCCCUAAAUGCCAUUUUAGGCAUCCAAUUUCCAUACAUGUCCAGAAUUUUCCAGACGUAUGGCAAGCCUAGGAGUGUAUGCCAGUGGUGGGUGCGGCCCAAAGUGGGCAUGGCUACCCACAUACAUUUAAAAGAAAUUAAUUUCUGCAAACUAGCCCUAAGAACCAAACAGCAAUCUAGGUGGAAACUUUGUCCCAUUGUGGAGAAGAGGAAGCUGGUCUAAGUAGACCUCUUUUUUCUUUUUUCUUUUUUGCUCCAGUAGGACUUGUAUUCUUCAUUUAUUAAGAUGAAGCAUUGUGUGGGGAUGUUUUACUGUGAAUAAAGCUGCCAUGAUUAAAAAAUGAAUAUGACACUGGAAAUUAGCAAGGGAUUUUGGAACAAUGACAUGCAGUAUAUCUGUAACCUCCUCUAUACUUCUAGUUUAGACAUAGGGUUGUGGGGUUUGUUUGUUUUUUGCAUAUCCCUAUGCCUAAUAGCGGACGCGGGUGGCACUGUGGUCUAAACCACAGAGCCUCUUGGGCUUGCCAAUCAGAAGGUCAGCGGUUCAAAUCCCUGCAACGGGAUGAGCUCCCGUUGCUUGGUCCCUGCUCCUGCCAACCUAGCAGUUCGAAAGCACAUCAAGUGCAAGUAGAUAAAUAGGUACCGCUCUGGCGGGAAGGUGAACGGUGUUUCCGUGCGCUGCUCUGGUUUGCCAGAAGCAGCUUAGUCAUGCUGGCUACAUGACCUGGAAGCCACAUGACCUGGAAGCUAUAAACGCUGGCUUCUUUGGCCAGUAAAGCGAGAUGAGUGCUGCAACCCCAGAGUCUUAACUGUCAGGGGUCCCUUUACCUUUACCUAUGCCUAAUAGCAAUAUGCAGUUAUCAUCAGGUAAUAAUGCUGAUUGCCAUGCCUUCGGUUCAUUUUGAGCUGAUGCUAAUAGCAUAGAAGCAGAACAUGCUCUGGUCAGUUAGCAACUCUUAACUGCCAGCCCCCCACCCCCCACCCAAUAGCAGAACUUGCCCUUGUUUUGCUAAAGAGAUUGUGCUUUUAACCAGCAAACACUGCAUUAUGCAAGAACCUGUCCUAUUAUUUCCUUUGCUGUCGUUAAAGUGAGUAAUGUGCUAGGAAUGUGUGACAAUUUAAUUACAAAUUGUAAUUGAAAAGUAGUUGAAGUGGAAAUAAAAGCAAAGGCAGACAGUAAUUAGGAAAAGAUUUAGCUCUCCUUUGUUUUACUUGUUAAAUUUAUAGACAAUUAUGGCUGCCUGUUCAUAUGAAAGAAAAACAUAUUAGGAAGCAUAAAACAGCUGUUUCCUUUUAACAAAGCAGAUUGUGUCUAUUUUAUAAUCAUUGUCUGUCUACGGCAAGAGUCAUGUUGAGGAAAAAAGCUUUCAUUAUUUAUCUCCCUCGUUAUCAAUUAAGUGGAGGAACUAAUGAUGUCUUCUGGAAAAACACAAUUUAUGACUAUUAUGGCCAUAGUUCUCUGAUGGAUAGCAUUGCCUGUACCAUGUUGCAGCUCACAUCUUCCAUUAGAAGGAAGCUGAAUUCUCAGGGCUAAGAGCAUUUGGAGACGUGAGCCUUAAAUUGCUUCUCUGACUUCCUAGCACUCUUUCAGUGAGCAUCUGAUGUCAUUUCCACAUGCGGGGCUUAAAUUGGCUUUGUUUUAAAUCAACUCUUCGAAGAAAUGUAAACCUGCAUUGACUAAGAGGUGCAUCUGGUUUCUCUCCUGCGUUGGCUGCAUUUGUGAGACGAAAUUGGCGAGACGGGCUCAGAUGUGUUUCCUUGUGUCCUGUGUGGGGUUGAUGGGAAUGCACUGCCUAAUGUCAAUGCAGGCGAGGCUGCCUUUACCAUUAGGCAAGGUGAUGCUGGCCCCACCAGGUGACAGAUAUAGGGGGAUAAUUUAAUGGUGACAAAUUGUUUAGCUUAUUAUGUCUUUGCCAUCCUGUGUGUGUGUGUGUGUGUGUGUGUGGUGGGGUAUUAUUAUUAUUUAACUCAGUUACAAAAAAUGCCCUGGACCAUUUUUGGAUAGGGGAAAAAUAUAGUGAAAGCAAGGCAAGUGUAAUAUGAAUGAGUAUUCUGGCCAAAGCAGACUGCCUGUAGUCCAAAUCAAUUGCAGUGAGUCGGAACUUGCAUGAAAAUGCUCUGAGAGCACGACAGCAGCAGCAAUGUGUGGUUGGAUAUCCGAUAUACAAUUUGGGGCUCCAUAGUCCCAGUUGGCUUGAGCCUCCAGACUAAGUUGGUUGAAUUUUAGGUCUUGCCAACUUCAACAUAAAUCCCAUUGAGUUAAAUGGGAACUAAAUGCAAAUAACUGGAUCCAUGUCACUGUUUAUUAUGAUGUUAUUGUUGUUUAGUCGUUUAGUCGUGUCCGACACUUCGUGACCCCAUGGACCAGAGCACACCAGGCACUCCUGUCUUCUACUGCCUCCUGCAGUUUGGUCAAACUCAUGUUAGUAGCUUCGAGAACACUGUCCAACCAUCUCGUCCUCUGUCGUACCCUUCUCCCUGUGCCCUCCAUCUUUCCCAACAUCGGGGUCUUUUCUAGGGAGUCUUCUCUUCUCAUGUAUUGGAGUACUGGAGCCUCAGCUUCAGGAUCUGUCCUUCCUUAUUAUACUCUGUUUAUACGUAUUAUAUGUCUGUGUAUUAGGAAGACUCGGAAGUCUGUCUUAAGAAUGCUGCAGUGUACAGGAUCAUGAUAUGAUCACAAAGCACUGAAGGCCGCUUUACAUAAAAUAUAAGGGAGACAAGCAUAUCUUCUGAAGAUAUGUUUGUUUGAUUGCUGCAUUUAUAUCCCACCUUUUUCUCCAGGGGCACAAGGUGGUAUGCUUGGUUCUCCCCCUCCUCAUUUAAUUCUCACAACAAUCCUGUGACUUAAGUUAGGCUGAGAGUCAGUGACCGGCCCCAGUUUACUCAGUAAGCAAGUAGGGAUUUGAACCCUGGUCUCCCAGGUCCUAGUCUGACUCUUUAACCACUAUACCAAAUUCUCAAGUGGUUGUAUAUAAGUGUAAAUAAAAUCAGAUAUGCUAAAGACACCACAGUCUCUAUUGUCCUUCAUUCCAAGGAAACUGAGCCCUGGGUAAAGCUCUUGGAACCCCAGGAGUCUCUGAUUGCUCAAAGAUUGUGGCGACUUAUAACUGUAUUAAUUCCCCACAGUCCCAGAAACAUUGUUAAGCUAUCUACCCAUUAUAUAUAUAUAUAUAUAUAUAUAUAUAUAUAUAUAUACCACAGGGUAAUUAUGUAAAUCACUUUUGCAUUGCAAAAUGUUUUUUCGAGACAAACCAAAAUGAGCCAAAGGGAAAACAUGUGAAAUAUGCUGCCCCCUCUUUAAACAAAGCCUAUUUUUUCAACAGGUGUUCGAUUGCCAUUUUCUUCUCAAUGAAGUCAAGUACACUCACAACGGAUGCCCAAUUCUCAAUGAAGACUUAGUCAUGCUGAGGUUAUACAGGUAAGCAGCACUGGGGUGAUGUCUCAGGGGGUGUUUCUUAGGAAAGAACAAGCAUGUUUCUACCAUUCACCUAAUAUUAAAAGGUAAUGCUAAAUGAAUUAUCUCUUCUGAGUUUUCUUUUAUAUCGCAUCACAAAGAAAAUAAAAAAUCCAUGAUAUAAGGAUCCCUCUGAUACCUUAUAUCAUGUAUGGUGGGGAUGUGAUAAAAUUAAGAAAUUUGGGGAAAAUAUACAUGAGGAACUGAAAAAAAUGUUUAAAACAACAAUUGGUAAGAAACCGGAAACAUUCCUUUUAGGAAUUAUAACAAACGACAUCCCAAAAGACAUGAAGAGAAUCUUUUUAUAUGCAACAGCUGCUACAAGGUUAUUGAUUGAAAAAAAAAAAAAAAAGGAAAUCAGAAGAAGUACCAACAUGGAAAGAUUGGCAAAAUAUUUUUUUUGAAAUGAUUGAAUUAGCAAAAAUGACAGCAACAAUUAGAAUGCAAUCUAAUCAAAAUCUCAAACAGGAAUGGAAAUGUGUAGAAGAAUACAUAACCAAAAGAUGCUCCAACAAGAAUUUAUUGAUAUGUAUAUACUGAUUAGGCCUUCCUACUCAAAAACAAAAAGAGCCUCUCUUUAAAACCUCUCCAGCAGCAGAAGUGCUGGCCAUUGUGGUGUUUGUCCACCUCUGUGAGUGCCAUUUUGUUGCCACGAUUCUGUGGCAUAUAAAUAUCUAAAUAAACUGAACCUCUUGGGCUUCCUGAUCAGAAGGUUGGCAGUUCGAAUCCCCGCAAUGGGGUGAGCUCCCGUUGCUCUGUCCCAGCUCCUGCCAACCUAGCAAUUCAAAAGCAUACCAGUGCAAGUAGAUAAAUAGGUACCGCUGCAGCGGGAAGGUAAAUGGCGUUUCCGUUCUCUCUGGUUUCCAUCACGGUGUUCCGUUGCGCCAGAAGCGGUUUAGUCCUGCUGGCCACAUGACCCGGAAAGCUGUCUGUGGACAAACACUGGCUCCCUCGGCCUGAAAGUGAGAUGAGGGCUGCAACCUCAUAGUCACCUUUGACUGGGCUUAGCCGUACAGGGGUCCUUUACCUUUACCUUUUUACCUGAUGAAUUAAUAAGUUGGCAUAACUAUAGGGAUGAAUCUUGAAGUUUGAGACAGAGCUUCAUAAGAGUUCAGCCACCUCAAUGCAUAAAUAGGUUUUCUGAAUUUUGUAAGAACAUGAGAGAAACCUGCUGGAUCAGGCCAAAGGCCCAUAUAGCCCAGCAUUGUAUUAUCAGAGUAGACAAGCCUUUGGGAAACCCACAAACAGGUUCCAAUUAAAAUAUACCAAAUGUUGUAGAUUCCAAAAUGUGCCCAACUCUUUUGCUUGCUAAAAUUUGAUUGUCUUUUUGCUUGCCCUUUGCAGAUUUACAGAAACUGAGACAUUUACCGAAAUGGUUCCCUUCCUUGUAAAGUUACUUGAACCAGAUUGUAAUAUUAUCAAGAUGAGCUCAAGUGCCCUACAGGUCGCUGGCUUUCAUGGCCUGUCCAAUGUAAUUAACAAGAACGUAAUUACUUUAGACUACAACAGGAAAAUAAACUUGGAUUGUACCAUAAGCCUGAUUUCUGUAGAAACUUUCCUACCAGCCCAUGGGCAACUUGUCAGAGGAUCAGAAGAAGAAGAACCACCUCGUGGAGAUCAGCCUCAUAGUUUCCCUCCCACAACCGGUAUGUACACUUUGUUUCUCUGCGCCUGUUAUAUCAUCACAAAUAUCUUCAUUCAGUGAUGACGUUGUACAGGGGCGCCAACUUGCCUCCACAUUAUGGGGAGGGGCAUGACGUGACACAUCAUGGAACAUCAUGGGAGGAGGAGCCACCAGCCAUUAAAGCUGAAUGGCCACUGUGUUUGGCUCUGCCCCAGAUCCUUCCAACCGACGUCCUGACGUCAUGCAUACAACAUUAGUUCCCCCAAUCGCCCUUGUAAGCUGCUGCCUCUGCCCAAUAAAUGAUGUCAGCAAUGUCUAUGCAACACGAUGACCAUGUACAUUGUUACAUGACCACAGCUCCACAGCAUUUUAUAUUUUCAUUUACAUACAUUCAUUCGAAAUAAGAUGGGUUUAUGAAGCAAUUCUAUAUCUUCCCACCACACUGACGAAGAAUUCUACGAAACAGUAGUCAAUAUCCGGAAUCACUGUUCAGUGUUGGACAUCAUAUUUGCUGAAUACACAAAGCUUCACAGCUUGUCUUCUAUCGUACAAAGUCUGGUACCUCGCUUCAUUUAAAGAUUUUCAGGGACUUCGAGACUAAAGAUUUCAUUUUGGACUUGUUAUGGUUUGAAGGAAUUCUCUAAAAGAUUGUCUAUUGCAUAUGUACAUGGUCAUCGUGUUGCGUAGCCCUUGCUGACGUUUUCUUUGCAACACAGGGAUUUGUUUGGUUACUUAUUGUUGUACCAUGGCCAAUAGAAUGAUGUGCCUUAACAUGGUGCCUAAAAAAUAAUAAGAGUGGACGUCAGGCAAGUGUCCUUGGUGGGCUUCUCUGGGAGUGCAUUCUAUGAACAGAGAGAUACUCCACCUGAUUCACAGAGAACAUAGAACUGGAGCUGGCUAUUAAAAUUAUUCACAGAACAUUUCAUAGCCCCCUCAUUCCGUCCCAUAGGUGUUUCAGUGGUGAACUGUUCCUAGCUUCUGGUGUCUGAUUUGCAUCUUCUGUCCAUGUUUCUCUUGAGAGAGAAAAAACCCACUGUGAUUUCCUUUGGGCCAUUAGGACAUAGGAGAGGUGAAAAGUGUCCAUCUGGGAGCUGUGUUUCGGGCCUGAAGACCGUACAGAAUAUUAAAGUGAGCUGUGAAGAUUUUCUCCUGAUGGGCCUAAGGUACCAACAUUUGGACCCUCCUUCGCCCAACAUUGAUUACAUUCCCAUCAGGCUGGAUCUCACAGACAGCAGAAGCAAGACCAUCUACAAGGUAAAGGCCUUAUACAGGGGUAGGCAACCUAAGGCCCAGGGGCCAGAUGUGGCCCAAUCGCCUUCUCAAUCCGGCCCACAGAAAGUCUGGGAAUCAGCGUGUUCUUACAUGAGUAGAAUAUGUCCUUUUAUUUAAAAUGCAUCUCUGGGUUAUUUGUGGGGCAUAGGAAUUUCUUCAUAUAUAUUUUUCAAAAUAUAGUCCGGCCCACCACAUGGUCUGAGGGACGGUGGACCGGCCCAUGGCUGAAAAAGGUUGCUGACCCCUGGCCUUAUAGGAAGGAACUUUGGCAUAGACAGAUGCAGGCUUAGGUGAAGCCAGCCUUUGCCAACCUGGUGUCCUCCAGAUGUUUUGGACUACAAGUCCCACCAGCCUCAGACAUGCCGGCUGGGACUUAUGGGAAUUGCAGUCCAAAACACCUGGAUGGCACCACUGGGUUAGGCUGCCAGAAGAACAUUCAGCCAUGAUUAGAUGCUUACUUUGUCACCUGCUUCUUCUUCCGCAGUCUGAGCAUGCUUGGCUUCCCGUUCACAUUGGAGGUGCGUUUCCUAACCAGCCGCCCCAAGCUGCCUUCAUGGCUAUGCAAAUCCUAGAAGCAGACCAGUUCAUUCUGAGCCUGUUGUCAACAACCAUACUGGAUGCUGAAGACAGUGAAACAGCCAAAUCCCUGCUCAUCUUCAACAUCACCAAACCACCCCGGGAAGGCUACAUCACUCAUCUGCAAGACCACACGAGGCCCAUCUCAUCCUUCACGUGGAACAGCCUCAAUGAUAUGCUUAUUGCUUAUCAGCCACCAAACAGCAGCCACACAGAGAGGAGAAAUUAUGAGGUAACCAAAGCAUUUUUAAUGAAGUCUCUCACAAGAUUUCAAAGCAUUUAUCAAGAAAGCCUUUUUUUAAAAAAAAAUAUACGGUUUCUUGAUGGCUUUCCACUCCUACUGUCCUGAUGUUUGUUUGUUUGUUUAUUCCUUUUUAUUAGCUGUUUUAUAAUACACAUACUUUUAUUAUCUAAAUCCCGCUACCAUCAAAUAUUUCAGUAAUCCAUUGCUUAUACCAGGCAUAGGCAAACUUGGCCCUCCAGAUGUUUUGAGACUACAAUUCCCAUCAUCCCGGACCACUGGUUUUGUUAGCUAGGAAUGAUGGGAGUUGUAGUCCCAAAACAUCUGGAGGGCUGAGUUCACCUAUGCCUGGCUUACACAGUCAAACCUCAGUUUCCAAACACCUCUGCUUUGGAAUGUUUCGGCUCCCGAAUGCCGAAAACCUGAAAGUAAAUGCUCUGGUUUUUUAAUGUUUUCGGAAGGCAAACAUCUGAUGCGGCUUCCGCUUAAGUGCAGGAAGCUCUUGCAGCCAAUCGGAAGCUGUGCCUUGGUUGUCGAACUUUUUGGAAGCUGAAAGGGCUUCCGGAACAGAUGUGUUUGACAACCAAGGUUUGACUGUAUAUCAAAUCCUGCCUGCAACUUCAUAUAUUGGUGAUUAUCAGUGGUCUCCAUUACUCCUUAAAAACUUUGUCAUCAUGUCCUCUUUAUGCCAUUACGUUCCAUCAUUUUCACAAGCCAUUCCUCCUUCGUUGGCAAUCCUUUCUCUUUCCACUUCUGUUGUCGAAUAGGGUACUUGGGAAUUUCAUUGCUGUGUAGGUAAAGAUAAAAGUAAAGGACCCCUGGACACUUAAGUCCAGUCAAAGGUGACUAGGGGGUUGCAGCACUCAUCUCGCUUUCAGGCCAAGGGAGCUGGCGUUUGUCCACAGACAGCUUUCCAGGUCAUAUGGCCAGCAUAAUUAAACCGCUUCUGGUGCAAUGGGACACUGUGGCGGAAACCAGAGUGCACAGAAACGCAGUUUACCUUCCUGCCACAGUGGUACCUAUUUAUCUACUUGCACUGGUGUGCUUUCGGACUGCUAGGUUGGCAGGAGCUGGGACAGAGCAACGGGAGCUCCCCCGCUUCAUGUGUCACAAUGACUGGAGUGUUGGACUAUGACUUGGGAGAAUGGGGUACGAAUCCCCUCUCAGCUGCGUGGGUCACUGGGUGACCUUCGGCCAGUUGCCAUCUCUUAGCCCAGCCUUUCUCAACCCAGGAUUUCCCAGAUGUUCUUGAACUACAACUUCCAUCAUCCCCGAUCAUUCGUUAUAUGCUGGCUAGGAAUCAUGGGAGUUGUAGUCCAACAUCAUCUAGGGAUCCAAGGCUGAGAAAGGCUGUCUUAGCCUAACCUACCUUGCAGCAGGAGGAGUACCAUGCUGAGUAUCAUUGCCCAGAAACAGAUCAGUGACUUCCAGUCAUGGUGGUGGCAGUUAGGUAAUUUUGGACUCUGGAAUUAAUAGCCUUGUUACACCCCCUCUCUAUAGACUGCAAUUUGUGUUACUUCAUUUCAGAACAGGGGGCUCCUGUUCAGUGGGACUCUGGACUUUUGACCCAUUCUCUGGUUACAUCACAGCACUUUUCAAAAGAGUGAUUUCACACAUUGUAUUACAGGUCAUCAAAUGUUAAGUUAUUAAAUCAUGAGGAAUCUGGUGACCUGCAUGCACAUGUGAACCAUCUCUGUGUGUCAUUAAAGUUUGUUCAACUGCCUAGAUUAAUUUGUCAGAAUCAUGAGGGCUGUUUGCCACUUAAUAAACAUGAAACCCACUUUCCUUAUAAAUUCCCAAGUUACUAAAAAUUUGGAUCACAGCAUUUGAAAGUUAUAUAGUUGCUUUAUGAUCAUUAUGAUUAUUAUUACCAAUGUUUUUCAUCCAGUGCCGUCCUUUAAUCCUUUCAGGGAAUCUGUCAUGUUCUGUUGUGCAUGCUGUGUGAGGAAUGGUUGAUGCUGAGAGGCGAUAAGAUGGGAGAACUUAUACAUUUUAAUAACAUUAGAAAAGAAUUACAAGUAUUUGAGAUGCAUAAAUGCUUAUGAGAGCUUAAACAGAAAAGAUAAAUAUCACCUAUGACUGGAUCUUGUCAUCUCUUUAAAUUUUAGCAAAUAGCAAUGGCAGUGAGUAUGGUUGGAACAGAGACAUCAGUGCCCUUUCCUUAGGGAAAAUGUGUUCCAUAAGCUGCUAUUUAGCCUAUUUUUAUCUAAUACCAUUUCAAAAAAUGGUUAAAAGGGGGGUGGAUUUCUAUUCUUUUAAAGAAUCCCUAGCAUUUGCAUUUUCAGUUGCAAAAAUACUAUGGAAGUAUAAUUAGUGCUCCCUCUUGUGGAAGUUAAAAUGAAUGUCUCACAUGUGAAACAUUUUUUUAAGAAUUAAAUUGUACAAACUGACUACAGGGAACAGCAUUUUUUUAAAAGGGGGGAUAUGGGAGAUUAUGGAGGGAAACAUAUGGUCUUUUAAACAUUCUGGUUCCAUUUAGCACUCUAAACCUCUCUGUGGUUGUUUUCCUAUGUUAUUUUGAGCUCAAGAUCUUUCAAGAUUUCUCUAGUUCAGAGGUUGGUAAACAAUUGGCCCUCCAGAUGUUGUUAGACACCGAAUCCCAUUAACCCCAGACAGCAUCUCCAAUGGUCAGGGAUGGCAGUAGCAACAGCCCAGCAACGUUUGUAGGGUUCCCCACUCUGCAAUAGUCUCUUACCUGUCAGCUGCUGUUUCAUCUUCCCAGGUAAUCUUUAGAAAACGCUGUUUCCAUUUUUGUGUAACAGGUGGAGUUUGAAGUUCAUGAUUUGUACUUUGAAAGAAGUUCACCAAUUACUAUCCAUAUCUCUGUUAGAACGGCACACACAAAUGCUCCUCGGGUCUCAUGGAAUACUGGUGAGAAUUCAUAUUAUGCUUCAUAGUUUUCUUUAAAAGACAGGAUGUGGCUGCAGAGGUCAAAUGCAACAAACCAAUAUUCUUUCCGUAGGUUCUUUAGCUUUCUUAAAUGAGAAGCCGCAUGGGAAUAUGCCAUUUUGUGGGGAAAGGUAGCUGCAGAAAUUGUCCCUGAGUUUGUUUCUGUCAUAGACUUGUUGACUCGUAGAAUUGUAGAGUUGGAAGGGACCUGAGGAUAAUCUAGUCCAACCCCCCGCAAUGCAGGAACAUGCAGCUACGGGGAUCAAACCUGCAACCUUGGGGUUAUUAGCACCACAACUGAGCUAACCAGGCUCAGUGUGACACUAGUUUUGUGCUGCCUCCUAGGAAGACCCAGGGGAGGUUCAUGAUAUCAACUCAUAUGUGCAUCAUGUGUCCCUUGUUGAAUCAAAAUGAGCAUGUGAUCUGAAAGCCAUUGCACACCCUCUGACAUUUCUCUGAUGAAAAUAGGGAUGUCCUAUUCCAUUAUUAUUAUUAUUAUUAUUAUUAUUAUUAUUAUUAUUAUUAUCUCAUCCAUCUGACUGGGUUGCUCCAGCCACUCUAGGCAGCUUCCAACAUAACAUAAAAACAUUAAACAUUAAAAAGCUUCCCUAUACAGGGCUGCCUUCAGAUGGCUCGGGGUUCAGAUAACUCCAUACCGUCCAACAUUUCUCUGGUGAGAAUAGGGAUGUCCUGUGGAAAAGUGGGACAUUUCUGGAUCAAAUCAGAAACCAGGAUCGCUUUUGUAAAUCUGGGACUUUCCCUGGAAAAUAGGGACAAUUGGAGGGUCUGCCAUUGUCCUCAGUGAAGUUUCUUGAAGGGGUCAGUGCUAAAUGAGGCUUCAAAGAGUUACCUCCAGAGCUCUAUAUGGAUGAAAUUAAUUCCUUUCUAUAACAGACGCCAACUACUUGCAUGGGACCUUUGAGUAAACCAUAUGGUUGUUUGAUGGUUUAAUCAAAGGCCCCAUGCAAGUGGUAGGCAUCUGUUAUAGAAAGGAAUGCACCAUUAGUGCUGGGUUGCACUUAUUGUUCUUACUGUUCUGAAUAAAUUACAGGUUCAGGGUUUCUGUUCUAGGUCUUGAUCUCCUGGAAGGACAGUCUCGCCCUAUAACUUGGGAGCAGUUUCAGAUUGUAGAUAAUGACGACAUCAAUGGUGUUCGCAUAGUCACUGUUGAUGGUCUACAGCAUGGACAGCUCACUCUAAGAGGUAUUGUGUCCUCCCUGAUGUCUGUAUACAGAUGUUACUAUAGGUCAGUGCAGUUCAUGCAACAAUUCACCUUUUCAGCUGCCAUGACAAUGAGGAUUUGAAGAGGAAGCCACUAGUGGGCUCAUGACAAAACUAGGGUUGCCAUAUUUUUCAAACAGUGAAAAUUCAGACAGAAAAGUUGUUGAGUUUCUUCUGGACAUUUGACCGAUUUCUGUCCAGACACCGAUUUCUGCCGACUGCAGUAUUCUGGAUAUGUCCAGGCAAUUCCAGGUGUAUCGCAACCCUAGACAAGACAGCACUUGUGAGAACUAUACAACACCCUGGUGAGGCAUGGUUUCUGACAAAUGCCUUUGUAUGACUUCUGCACAGCUGUAAGUCUAGUACUGGCUCCACAUGAAGUUACUAAAGACACAUCUGUGUAUUUCUUAAACCUUUGGACCCUAAAGGUUAGCAGGAGAACUAUAGCUUGGUGGUAGAGAACAUAUUUUUGCAUGCAGAAGGUUCCAAGCGCAGUCCCUAGUAUCUCAGUUUUUAAAAAUUAGCUAGCCAGUGAUGGGAAAGACUGAGUUGUAUCCAACUAAGUGCUACUCAGAAUAGACCCACUGAAAUUAACAGUCCUAAGUUAAUUGUGCAAAUCAAGUUCAAUGGGUCCACUCUGAGUAUGACUAACAUUGGUCACAACCCUCUGCUUGAUACUAGGAAUAGAGGAGAAAUGUGUUUGGUCUGCAUUUCAAAGCAAAGAAACCUAAUUUGCAGGUCCCAGAUUUAUAUGCAGAUUGGAAUGCAGCUGUCAUUCUGAUUAUGUGUGUUUAUGAAUUUUCCAAUGCAGUUUUUUAAAAACUGCAUUGGAAACAGUUUAAAACAAUAACAACAUAAAACAAAAACUAAAAAUUCACUCACUGGGUCACCAUUGGUGAUCAUCCCUCCAUUUCAGGUGGUGGGGAAUGCAUUGAAAAGUGUAAAACAAAACCCAAAAACAAACCAUGUAUUUUAGUGAACAAAUAUCUAAUUUAAAUGCACAUUUUUCAUGUACAUUUUUUAAAAGCACACCAAAAAAAGGGAUAGAAUGUCAAAUUGCACCCCCUGUUAUUUGUAUAAAAAAUAGUGGGAAAUUGUUUGGUGCAUUUUAAUUGCCACAUGUUGCAAAAUUAUUAUUCUGCAAUUUUAAGUGUGGGUAACUCAUUAACUCUUCCAGAUAAUGUGCUCUUGUGACAUGGAAGCCUAUAUGUUGUUGCAUUCACAACAUAGUUUGGAUUCUGUUGCAAUAUGUUCUUGUUUGCUUCACUAACAUUCCAGAGAAAAACGAUGUUGUGUCUGUCACUCAGUAAACCAGCAUUGAUCCAGUAAGCCAGUUCUGAUGUUUAUAGUGAAGGAAUCAUAUUCAUUUAAUGGUGGUUAUUCUUUGGAUUGGCUAGUCUGGAAGCUUCUCUUCUAUGUAACAAGAUUGUUUUCUGCAAUUCAUGAGGAGGGAUGAUCACCAAUGGUGACCCAGUGAGUGAAUUUGUACAGGGCUGAAAUCUUUUAUGAUUUCCUGGUCUUCGCCCUCCAAUUUCUACCUCUUAUAAACUUAAUCAUUUCUGUUCAUAAGCUUCACACCUUCUAAAGUAGUAUUACCUUUUUUUAAAGCAUACACCCAUUAUGAAUCAUGUUCCUGCUGUUGUCUGACAGGAGGAAAGGGAUUCAUGUUCACAGUCUCAGACCUUAAGGAUGGUCUUGUCCGUUACCAUCACGAUGACAGUGAUUCCACAAAGGACUAUAUUGUCUUCAGGAUCUUUGAUAACCGACACAGCAGUCGCCACAAAUUUCCAAUCAACAUUCUGCCUAAAGAUGACAGCCCUCCAUUUCUCAUCAGUAAUGUUGAAAUAGAAGUGCAUGAAGGACAGACAAUUCUGAUCCAAGGCUCAAUGCUUCAAGCCUCCGACAUGGACUCUAGCGAUGACUACAUACUCUUCAAUAUAACCAAAGCAUCACAGGCAGGAGAAAUCAUGAAGAAACCUGGACCAGACCUAAUUGGUAAAAUGUUAGACAAACUGAAGGGGGGAGAGCAUCUUUCUUUCUGCGUGUGUGUGUGUGUGUGUGUGUGUGUGUUAUGUCUAUGUCUUGCUUUCAGAUAUAUUCCCAUAUCCCUUUUUAACGCUUGAGAUUUCAACUGUUUUCCAGGCCUUAGUAAACAGGCUGUGAGUUUCAGCUUUGGUGUGAUUAUGCCAGUUAAGCCACACCCUGCGAUCACAAGAUGUGGUGUGCACACACGAUUUAAUGGCAAUGCGCAUAAAUUUGGGGGCACCCUGCAUAAUGAAUUUGUUUAAGAUGAGACUCUUGUCCAGGCAGGGCCGUCUUUACCCAGGGGUGCAAGGGGCGUGGGGCACCUGGGUACCAAAUUCUGGGGGGCGCCAACCAGUCCCUCUUGAUCAGUUGCAGUGAAAAGCAAUGGAACAAAAGUCCCCAGCCCCCUCCUCCGUUGCUCUGUUACUCCGUAGUAUCAAAUAUUCCUGAUGAGUCAGGAAACAAAAGCAGCUUUUCUGCUGCGUUGAUGGUCAAUAACUUUGGGCUUCCCUCCUCCCCAUAAAAGCUCAGUAAAAGUUAAUUUGGGGGCACUGGGCAGAUCUUUGCACUCUGACGGCACAUAUGUUAAAGACGGCCCUGAGUCGAGGGGUUGAGAGCCUUUUCAAGCUUAAGAAACUCAUUCCAUUCCGGGCAGCAUUCAUGCCAGUGGGAGGCAGUGCAUCAAAUGUAACUGUUACCUUUUUACAAUAGGCUAGUUUCUCACAAAUUCCCUCUAUCUUGCAUUCAGGCAAGCUAGAUGCUAUAGUCCUUUGUCUAAUAAUCCCUAGCCAAUGAAGAAAAGCAAAGUGUACACCUCAGUCAUGCCCAAGACUGCUACUGAGUUGCUUUGAGUUUGGUUGGUAAAACUGCACAGCAAACGUUUCCUCAUAAAUGUUUAUUUCUCAGGAGAAAUUUCUUUUAUUUGCUUUUCAUUAAAAAGGACUUGGGCAGCCAAGGAUAUUUUCAUGGUCCAAAGAUCCCUGGCAGCUUUAAGGGAGAAGGUAAUGCCAGACGUGCUAAAUGGAAGAUAACUGAGGCCUGUGGCAGAGAGUUUGACCAUUGUUUUUUUUUAUUAUAAAGGGUCAUAUUCUUCUCCAUAGUGGAGGUAUCAGUAAAAUACUUGGGUUUUUUAUUUUAGAAAAACCACAAAGCCUUCACAGGAGCACCAUUAUGGCAUUAAAUACAAGGCCCUAAUUCUUAUAGGUCUAAAAUAUAUUUUCUUCUGUGAUUCACCAGGUUAUCCUGUCACUAAAUUUCUUCAGAAAGAUCUAUUCAAUGGGAUCAUUUACUACCACCACUUAGGAGGAGAAAUAUUUGAAGAUUCCAUUGAAUUUGUUCUGUGUGACUGUAAUGAUCCUCCGAAUCUUUCAGAAACUCAGGUAUGUCAUUGGGAGAUAUAUUGCAAGGCCACGAGGGAGAACACAAUGACACCUGUGUUUUAUGAAUGUCAUUUUAUUGUUGACUUUUUAUGCUUUUCACUUAAUGUUGGCAGCAUAGUUUGUUUGUUUUUGCAAAUGAAACAAAUCAAUAAAAUAUAUCUAUAAUCAUGGACUGCACUCCUAAACAUGCUCACUGUGGGAUUUAAUCCCAAGUAAACAUACAUAGGAGUGAACUGUAAAAUGUGAUAGUCUACUUUUCCUUAAACCAGAAGGAUUCAGCCCAUUAUAUUACUAAAGUGCUUCACAAAUUUCAAGGCUAUGUAUCAAUGUUCAGGGAAGGGAUUGCAUAGCAGGCAAACAGAAAAUCUGAAAUUUCCUUAAUAGGUUGAAUAAUUAGACAAAAUCUGGAUAACAGAAAAUGCUGGGAUUUAUUUGUAAUAUCUGUCUGUCUGUCUGUCUGUUCUGUCUGUCUGGGUUUCAACAAAUUGAACUUGUAUGUACACAUCUUUAAAAACAACAGUCAUGGGCAGUUCUAGAACCCAAGUUUAAGAUCUCAUGAAAAAAUACAUUGUAAAGUUUUCAAAUAGUGACUUUAGCAGAAAUCUAUUGAAUCACAGGACACUUGAGGAAUAUUUUAGCAUCUUUUCCUGUCUUGUCAUUUCUUCCAGCAGAUGCUAAAUGCUUAUUGUCUAACACUGUCUAAACACCAUGGCCUGUUUGCUGCAAUAUUUCCAAUGACCUGGGUGUCCUGACCACCACCACUAUAUAAUGGUUUUCUAAAUCCUUACACUAGGAAGUCAGAGUGCACAUAAUUCCUUCAGAUGAUCAACUUCCCAAAGAAAUUUCAGGGACGAGCCGCCAUCUAACUGUCAAGGAAACUGAGAUCGUCCAUCUAACAAAGAAACAUCUCAGUUAUAUCGACAGAGAAGCACAGGAAAGGGAGAUCAUCUAUACUAUAACUUCUCCCCCAUUCUUCUCUUCUGUACAUCAGUAAGGCUUGUGUGAAUGGUUACUUCUCAUAAGGAAAGGGUGCAUUUUCAAAAUGUUGCAUGGCAGAGCUGGUGAUGACCUAGCAAAACUCUGAUUAGUAAUUAGCAUUUGUAUUUGCGUUCCUCGGAUAGGGGAGUUAAGAAUGUUUUCAAAGUAGUCUGACCAAAGCCCAUUCUUCUGCAUUGCCCACGUGGUGCAAGUCUCAGGUCUUGCUAGCUACCACUGUCAUUUUCCAUCCUUAAUUUAUGAACAGAUGUAAAACGGUUAAUGCAUGCAAACUUAUAUGGUGAAGCACAGCAGCGGUCAGAAGAUAAUGAGCCAGCAGAAAGCAAAACACCACCCCCCAAAUUUCAAAUCUGCUUUGAAAGAAGAUGUGAAAGUGCAGUUCUGUAGGGUUGCCAUUUUUAAAAAAAAUUUAAAAUUUGGACACAAAAGUUGUUGAGUUGUUUUUUGGGCCAAAGUUGUUUAGCUUUUUCUGCAAACCCCCCCCCCCAAUAUUUUUACGCCUUCUGACAUGGAUUUCCAUAAGCCUGGGUUUUCCUGGACAUUUGUACCAAUUUUCAGAUGCUAUUUCUGACGUACGAAUCCAAGGAAAUCAGGGAAAUCCCAAACGUAUGGCAGCCCUAGGUUCUGAGAAUUGAUGUCUCCUAUUCGACUGCUCAGAUCUUUUUUGAAGCAGCAAGCACAGUCCAAACAACUGUAUAAGGACCACAAAGCAUGAACCCUACAAUCAGUUCACCAUUCAAGGUUUUGACCGUGUGACUUCACAUAGCACUGAUAGAUGGAUGAAAUGACAGGAAAUUAAGGUUAAAAGGCAAUAAGCUACAUGCAUACACAUCCUAAUUGCAUUUCAUAUUUUGCUUGCUUUGAUUUCCCAAUCCAUUGUAAAAUUAUCUGAAACAGUAGAAAUGGGGAGUAGGGUUAUAACUUUUUUGCAACCUCAUGUUCCUGUAGCUUUGUUAGAUGAACUUUUGCCCAGAAACAAAGGUAUGAAGUGUCAUUUCCAAAUCUUUUGAAAAAAGCUCGCCCCGAAAUCAAUAAAUCGAUUUUUGUAUAUUCAACUCUAUAACAUAUUAUGUAACAUGCAUAGCAUGUAGGAAUACAGGAAAAGUAGAGCUUGCACAUUUUCUAAUGCUUGUACAAUGUUUCAAACAUUGUGUAUCACUUCUUAUUGCUUAGAAUAAACCGAGGUUCUUGUGUGACAUUGUAUAUUGCCCCUGAAACAAAUAUUAAAAGUUAAGUUUAGUUGUUUGCCCACAAAGCUUUCUAUAUAGACCAAUAUUUGGAUUCUUCUAGAAAGUUCAAAACAGUUUUAGGAAGUUCCAGACCGCUGUAAAAGUUCAAAAGAGUUCCAUAAAGUUUUUUGUGGUUUUUUUAAGUGCUAAUAUUUAUGAGUAGUAAUACAGUUAUUCCAACUUCAGGGUGACCUUUUCACAACUGAGAAGAAUUAGUCCCCUUUUCAGUGUUUCUAAGCAAAAGUCCAUCCCUUUAUGAUACAGGAAAUAAUUGGGGGGGGGGUUGGGGCAGAGUAAAAAAUAUAUAACCCUAAUGGGGAGAUGGUGACUAUUUCUGGUGAGAGAAAUUAGUUUUGGGAUGUACAUUUGUAUCUUCUUUUCCUAUUUAAAAAGUUAUAUGAUUCUGCAUAUGUGUUCUCUAUUAUGACAAUACCUUUCUGCGCAGCCACAUGGAUGCUGGGAAACUGUUUAUGGUUGACAGCAUUCCUAAACUGAUUAAGGAUCCUGCUACUCCGUCACUGUUAUCAUUCACACAGGUUAGUUAUCAAGGUUAAAUUCUGUCACCCAGUAGCCUCACUUCAUACAUUUGUACCUUGGUUGUCAAAAGCCCUGGAACUCGGACGUUUUGGCUCCCAAACGCCACAAACCCAGAAGUAAUUGUUCCAGUUUACGAACGUUCUUUUGGAACCCGAACAUCUGCAGCUUCUGAUUGGCUGCAGGAGCUUCCUAUAGCCAAUCAGAAGCCGCAGUUUGGUUUUCUGGUGUUUUGGAUUCCAUUUGACUUCCAAGGUAUGACUGUAUAUGGGAUCUUACUGUAAUUAUUAUUAUUAUUAUUAUUAUUAUUAUUAUUUAUUAAAUUUGUAUACAGUGGUACCUCGGGUUAAGUACUUAAUUCAUUCCGGAGGUCUGUACUUAACCUGAAACUGCUCUUAACCUGAAGUACCACUUUAGCUAAUGGGGCCUCCUGCUGCCGCUGCGCCAUCAGAGCACGAUUUCUAUUCUCAUCCUGAAGCAAAGUUCUUAACCUGAAGCAAUAUUUCUGGGUUAGCUGAGUCUGUAACCUGAAGUGUAUGUAACCUGAAGCAUAUGUAACCCAAGGUACCACUGUACCGCCAUAUACCCGCAGGUAUAUGAUGAUUAGAAAACCAGUGGAGUUUAUUACUAUACCGUUUAUGUUUACCAGGAGUAGCACACUGUGGCCCUGUAGAUGUUGUUAAGCUACAGUUCCCAUCAUCCUUUGGCCAAGUGGCUAGGGCUGAUGGAAGUUGUAGGUUCCCCACCCCUACUGUAUUGAAUACAAGGUAUACUAUGCUGUGGAUAGUAAUGCAAGUUUAGAUAUGGGAAUUGGGGGGUGAAUAUAUCCCUUACAUUUUGUUUGUUUGUUUGUUUGUUUGCUCCUAGCAUGCCAUAAACCACAUGAAAGUUGCUUACAUGCCACCGUUGCAAGAUAUUGGCCCUGAGCCUCAGUAUAUCCAGUUUACAUUUUCAGUCGGCAAUCGACAUGGCAACACUUUGCAGGGGAUCUGUUUUAACAUUACCAUUGUCCCAGUAGACAAUCAAGCUCCGGAGGUAUGACUGCAAUGCUAACAGGAACAAGAAAAAAUUAGAGAUUCGACAUAUUUCAGGGUUGAACUUAGCUAAAAAAGAAGAAACUGUUGUUUGGGCUUGUGAUUUUUUUUCCUUUUUGUUGUUUCAGCUCUUGAAUGAUGAAAUCAAAGUAUAAUAUUUUUAGAAUUAGAUCAUGUCUUCCCUAAACACGUUUAAGAAGGAUAUGUUUUGCUUUCCAUCCUACUGUCUCAGAAUAGAAACCACACAUUAUUUGGACAAACAUGUGUUUCCCAGGCUUGUGGCUUUUCAUUAAUGUGAAUACAGGGCAGAUUGUAUCAUUUGCAUGGAAAAACUGGUGGGCUGUAAUGGGAGUGCUUAAUCCCUCCUUUUUAAAAAAAUAUAUUUUAUUGUUUCAAUAUUUUUAACAUAUGCAGUCAAAACACAGUUUUGUCUUUUCUCUUAUUUUUCUAGCUUCCCACCACUUUUUCCAUGGAGUUGUUGUUUUUCUCCUUCUGCCGCACCUGAUCUUCUAUCUAUCAAAUCAUAACCACAAUAAUACACUCGAAUUACUUCUAUUGCUCAUAGCUCAAAUUCUGCUCACAAGUUCAUCAUACUACUGUAUAAUAUUUCUUUAAAUUUAUGGGAUCUCACUAACUUUAAAUGUAGCCAUGCAGGGGCAAAUUUCACAAAGCACAACAUAUAUAUAUAUAUAUAUAUAUAUGUAUAUAUAUAUAUAUAUAUAAUUUGUGUGUGUCGUUGGUUACCCUAGUUUCUUUCUUUUUCUAAAAUCGUAUUCUUGACUUAAUUACAAUUGUAUAAAGCUUGCACUGUGGCCAUCCUGCAAAUACUGUAGGUAGAUCAUCUCCCCUUUUUCAGCUGUGCAAAAUGAUGUGGUAAAAAAAUAUUGUUGUUGUUUAGUCGUGUCCGACUCUUAUUGACCCCAUGGACCAGAGCAUUAGCUCAAGGUAAAAGGAUCAACAAAAACAUCUUCUGAGAGGAACACUGGAACUUUUCUCUCUUUCCUUCUGUCCAGGUGUUCACAAACAACUUGAAAGUAGAAGAAGGGGGGUCAUGUACCAUUACAGAGGGCCACAUUUUGAUUUCAGAUGUGGACACCAAACAGGAGAAGAUCCGCAUACAUCUGCAAAGGCCACCUCUUCACGGAGCUGUUGAGCUGGCUGGGAUUCCUAUGAAUCAGGGGGACUGGCUCACCUGUGAAGACCUGCACCUGUCCAAAGUCAGGUUAGAAGGCCCUGAAUAUAUAUAUGCCUGCUCUGUUAUUGCUGUAGAUUCUGCUAAUUCAGCCCAUGAAUCAAAACAGUACUGAGAGCAGAAACAAAUGACUCCGAUGUAUGUUUUGAUGAACUCCAGCAAUUCACCUGUAGAUUGAGGAUCAAAGGUUGGAAUCUCUCUCUCUCUCUCUCUCUCUCUCUCUCACACACACACACACACACACACACACACACUUCCCUGCAGAUACAAAGCUAGAAUGCCAGUGAAGGCUAGUACAGAACAUCAUCUCUGAUAUGCUUGUUUGUGUUUGUUUUUUGAGACAGGGCCUUUUCCACUCCACUGCAAAGCAGGAGAGGGCAGACUUCAGGCUUGUGGGACCUAUUUUGUUUUGUUUUGUUUACAUAAAAAGAUCUUGCCCAACAACUUAUUCCCAGCAACUGAUGUUCAGAAGCAUGCUGCUUCUGACAGCGCAAGUGGAACUUGGAGCUUGUGGCCAGUAGCCUCUUCCUUCAUGAAUAGGUCUAAUCUUUUUUCAAAGUGAUCCAAGUUGGUGGGCAUCACUGCCUCCGAUAAGAGUGAGUUUAGCUAUGUGCUGCAUGAAGAAGUACAGUGGUACCUCUGGUUAAGAACUUAAUUCGUUCUGGAGGUCCGUUCUUAACCUGAAACUGUUCUUAACCUGAGGUACCACUUUAGCUAAUGGGGCCUCCCGCUGCCACUGCACCGCCGGAGCACGAUUUCUGUUCUCAUCCUGAAGCAAAGUUCUUAACCUGAGGUACUAUUUUUGGGUUAGCAGAGUCUAUAACCUGAAGUGUCUGUAACCCGAGGUACCACUGUACUUCAUUAUUACAAACCUAAGGUCUGCCACCACUGGCAAAAAUACUGGGUUAGUGGGGUGACAUUCUCUGAGAACGCUCAGCUGUUAAAUCUGUGAGCAGUACCAAAACCGAACUCAAAGAUUAUUUCAUACCCAUUCCUGGAUUCUUUUUUCAGCCACCUAAUUUAAUGAGGGAGGGAAGCUUUAUAGUUGCUGCUGUUGUUACACAACGGGCAGUAAGUAAGCCUUGAAGGUAAGUAAGUGAAGUAUGCCCAGUGUAGCAUUAAAUUAAUCCCUGUGGUGGUAUCAGUACCACUACUAUCUACUCCAGUGAAGGAGGAAGAGAAAGGAGGACCAUAACGUCAACCUCUGGCUUCUUCAGGUAUGACAGGGAAAGGCCCCUGUCCGAUACCCUGAAGAGAGUACUGGAAAUAAUAUUAUUUAUGGUUUUGUGGAUGCUUUUUACUGAUUUUAUUUUUAUACGUUGUAUAUUGCACUUGAUUUUUUUUUAAAUGAAAGGGCAGGUUAUAAAUACAGUGGUGCCUCGCAAGACAAAAAGAAUCCGUUCUGGGAGUCUCUUCGUCUAGCGGUUUUUUCGUCUUGCGAAGCAAGCCCAUUGACGGGAUUAGCGCUAUUAGCGCUAUUAGCGGCUUUUAGCGGCUUUUAGCAGCUUAUCAGCUUAUCGGAUAAGCAGAUAAGCGGCUUAGCGACUUAGAAAAAGAGGGGGAAAAGGAAAAAAAAACCCCAGGAACUCGCAAGACAUUUUCGUCUUGCGAAGCAAGCCCAUUGCAGAUUCGUUUUGCAAGGCACCUCCAAAACGGAAAACUCUUUCGUCUAGCGAGUUUUCCGUCUUGCGAGGCAUUCGUCUUGCGGGGCACCACUGUAUGCAAAUAAAUACAUCACCCGGCUGUGAGUGUGAAGGCUGCUCCCCACAAGGCCCUUUCCACCUGGCCAGACUCACCAGCCUUACUGAAGAGGCUCCUCAUGAGGCCGGAGGAACAUCACCCGGCUAUUGUUUUUUUCUUAUAUUGAUUUAAUAUGCUGUACACCACUUUGAGAUUUUUAUUAAAAACAUAAAGCGGUAUAGAAAUUGAAAUAAAUGAAUACCCUAAUUUAUUUUGCAGAAUGAUAAAGUAGUAAGAAAUUGGAUUAUCAAGCACACAAAUUCCAAUCCCAUCUAUUCCAGUCAAUCGGCACUAGGUUUUAUUGCGAAUCAAAAGACUCCUUGCCGAAAGGAGCAGCAAUGUUUUUCAGCCACUGGGCAAAAGGCAAGCUUGCCUCAGGUUCUGGCCUGGUAAGGGUUGGCAGACAAAACAACUGCUUGUUAUCCCAGCUUCUCCUACAGACAGUGGCUUCAGGCGCUCAGAAGUCCACCUGAACUCAAGGGAGGCCAUAGUUCAGUGGUUUGCAUGCAGAAGGUCUCAGGUUCCAUCUUUGGCCUCUCCAGUUGGGGCUAGGGGUGUCCGAAACCCUGAAGAACUGCUGCCACUCAAUGUAAACAGUGCUGAACUAGGUGAACCAAUGUUCUGCCUCAGUAUAAUGCAUUUUCCUAUGUUCCUUCCUAAGUUUUGAUGCCCCAUCCCCUUUCUUUGCCUUUCACCUCUAUCUUUAACUACUAACGUAGACUGUUAGAUCUCUGGGCAAGAACUGUGAAUUCUUAUAUACUGCACAUUGUAGUAGGUGUGUGGUGCUGAUGGCAGCAGUCGUAACAAUGCAAACAUUUGAAAUGAGUUCAGAAUCUUAUCCCUGCAGGUAUCUUCACGACGGUUCUGAGGUUCUGCUGGACCGUAUCCUGCUUGCAGCUACAGACGGUAUCAAUUCCUUUGAGUUCAUUCUGCAAGUUCAGGUCAGUGUGAGAUUCAUCAGAAUAUUAGUUCUCUGGAAGAUGACAAUUUUCAGGGGGCUUUGUGGUUAUUUUAGAAACUGGGAGGUCUUGGACGAGAUAGGGAUUCUUCUGCACUUUUGAGGCUUAUGUUAUACUUGUUUGAUGGGUAUUAUUGUAAGAGAUACCUGCACCUUUCAGUUUUUCCUGUACUGUCAGGGAUGAAUCCACUCAGAAUUAAAUGCUGAAAAAUGCAAUGCAUCAGCAAAAGAGAGAUGCUUUAUUUUUACGUAUGAACGUUUCAUCCUUAAAGGACUUGAAACCACUUGCAAAUAAACACUGUGCUGUGUUUUGUAUAUAUUUGGCCCUACCAUCAUUCGCUAAAACUCCCUAGUUUAUUAAAAGUCAAAAAUCAGGUUGGAGACAUUGGGAUGUUUUAGUCAGUGUUGCUCAUACUCUGAGUAGCCACAUGGAGAUGAAUGGGUGUGAUUAACUUAGGUCCAUUCGGUACAUUGUUCUUGUUGUUUUGUUGUUGUUGUUGUUGUUGUUUUGGGGGUACUGAAGGGUACGUAGUACCGGCACUUCUUUUUUUAAUUUAUUUUUAAAAAUGUGACACUUACUGUAACAACUUCAUGGUGAAUACCGGCCCCUAUUUUUCUAGAAAGAAAGCACUGGGUCCAUCCAUUUACGUAGAGUUGUAUAAAGCCCAUUAUUUUAAAAAUUAGGAAGAUAUCAGUACACUAGGGGUGUUUGCAGAGGGUUAUGUUUCUACAGUUCUGGACCCUCAGUGAGACAAACAGGUGCUGCAUCAAGUCAGUCAAUCAGUUUAUUGCGUUUUAGCAAACAGCCAAUAUACACAUAAGAAAUAAUAAUAAUAUAAUAAUAGUAGUGAUCUGCAUUUAUAGUCCUUAACCUUUAAAGGAUACAUCAUUUCCCAUACCUCCUUUAAAAUGUAGCAUGGAUCUGUAGAGCCUCAGCAAGAAAUUCAGAUAUUCUGAAAGAUAUGUUCUUCUCUGCAUUAGACAGCAAAAAAACACACCACCUGCACCAUUUUUUUAAUAGCUGCAUCAAAAUUUAUAUUUUUUUUAAGCGUACAUUUAUGGGGUUAGAUCCAAACGCAUAGGACAUGGGUGGCGCUGUGGGUUAAACCAGAGAGCCUAGGACUUGCCAAUCAGAAGGUCGGCGGUUCGAAUCCCUGCCACUGGGUGAGCUCCCGUUGCUCGGUCCCUGCUCCUGCCAACCUAGCAGUUCAAAAGUACAUCAAAAGUGUAAGUAGAUAAAUAGGCAGGAAGGUAAAUGGUGGUUCCGUGCGCUACUCUGGUUCACCAGAAGCAGCUUAGUCAUGCUGGCCACAUGACCCAGAAGCUGUACGCCCUCGGCCAAUAAAGUGAGAUGAGCACCGCAACCCCAGAGUCGGUCACGACUGGACCUAAUGGUCAGGGGUCCCUUUACCUUUAUCCAAAUGCAUGCGAUGGAAUAUGGAUGCCAUAAAAAUAAGCUUGGGAAGUAAUUCAUUUUCAAGACAAGUAGUAGAAGGAGGGGUGCUUAACCCUUUCCUGGCCCACCAUUUCCUUGCUCAAAAUUGUACUUUCCAGAAUUCUCUCUCUCCCCUCCCCCCAUAACCCUUUGGUUAGGAGGUGGGAUUUUGAGUUAAUAUAUGGGCUGGGAAAAGGUUAAACAUCUCCUUCCCCCACUGUUCAAUAUCUGUAAUUCCAAAGCUACUUUUCUUUUCUUAAUAUAUUAUGUCAGUGCUCCCUUUCAUGUUUGCACAUGUGGAGAUGAGACACCUAUAUUUAGAAACAUUGACAAAUCCAAAUUUCCUACCAUGAAAUGAGAAGAUCUGCCUUAGGAUAGCCUAUCUGUAAGUGAAUACAUGGGCUUUCACAAUUUGUAGGCACAACAGUGCCUAUAACUGUAAUGUUUUCUUUACCUGCUUUUUGUUAAUCUGUCCUUUUCCCCCAAAUUUCUAUUCCUUAGUAUUGGAAAGUUUUUAAUGUUUGACGUUUUACAAUGUAUUUAUAUGUGUUGUGAGCCGCUCAGAGUGGCUGGAGAAACUCAGCCAGAUGGGCUAGGCAUUAAUAAUAAUAAUAAUAAUAAUAAUAAUAAUAAUGGAAUAGGACAUCCCUAUUUUCAACAGCAGUGUCAGUAGCUGGUGUUCUGCUUAACUGAACCCAAAUCUACCAGCAUUUACUCUUUGCUGUAAAUAAAACAUCCCCUUCAUCCUGUCAUAGCUUCCCGUUUUUGCAACCAUGCUUACACACAGAAAUGAAUGGCCAGCACAGUUUUUCUCUCAAGCAUAUUUUUUCCAGGUGAAUCCAGUAAAUGAUGAACCUCCUGUCAUGAAUGCUGACCUCAUUCCCUCCAUCGAAUGCCCAGAGGGUCAGGCAGUGGCCAUCACCUCGGAGAACCUUUAUGCUACUGAUGAAGAUAGUGAAGACAUGCAGCUGAUGUUCAUGCUCGCUCGAAAUCCUAAAUAUGGGGUUGUGAAGAAAGAUGGGAUUGUGGUGGAUCGCUUUCCACAAGUAGAUGUUGUUUCUGGGGCAGUGGAAUACGAACAUACAAGUAAGUGUGAGCAAUGCUCUGAUCAUAUAUCAUAGGGUUGCCAUAUUUCAAAAAGUUUGGCCAACGUAGUUGAGCUUUCUUUGCAAAAUCUCAAAAAAAGUUUUUGAGCUAUUUUUAAAUGAAAUUCACCAAAAUCUAUACUUCCAACAUGGGCUGCCAAACGUCCAGAUCUUCCCAGACAUUUUUUUACCAAUUUCCACCCAUACGCUAUUUACGAGGGCUGAAUCCCGGCUGAAUGCUCGUAUCACAACCUUUAUCUAUCCAGGCCAAGUCUUUAUUCCUGUUACAUGAAAUUACAAGUGGUUGCAACCCCAUCUUGGGGAUAAAGGGGGCUCCGUUGUGUGGGGGGGUAUUGUUUUUGUUUGUUAUUAUGGUAUGUAAUUUUGCAGAGACUUUUCAGGGAGCUGCUGGGGGUGGUUUGCAGGGAGAGAGAGAAAUCAGCUUCCACCUGUCCACUUCUGCAUGUUGAUCUCUGGACCCAAUCCUUAUUGAAUAAUAAUGGAUGUUCCUUGGAAAUUAAAAUCUUUUGGUUCAUAUCUUGGAAAUAAAAACAUACUGGCUAUAGCCAAGCCAAUUGUAAGUGCUUAUCAGUUUCAUUUAUUUCUGUAAAAGAGAUUGGAACAUACCAAUUUUAAGCAAUGGGACUUCAUGUUGUUGCUGUUGUUGUUUAGUCAUUUAGUCGUGUCCGACUCUUCGUGACCCCAUGGACCAGAGCAUGCCAGGCACUCCUGUCUUCCACUGCCUCCCGCAGUUUAGUCAAACUCAUGCUGGUAGCUUCGAGAACACUAUCCAACCAUCUCGUCUUCUGUCGUCCCCUUCUCCUUGUGCCCUCCAUCUUUCCCAACACCAGGGUCUUUUCCAGGAGUCUUCUCUUCUCAUGAGGUGGCCAAAGUAUUGGAGCCUCAGCUUCAGGAUCUGUCCUUCCAGUGAGCACUCAGGUCUGAUUUCUUUAAAAAUGGACGUGUUUGAUCUUCUUGCAGUCCAUGAGAUUCUCAAGAGUCUCCUCCAGCACCAUAAUUCAAAAGCAUCAAUUCUUUGGCGAUCAGCCUUCUUUAUGGUCCAGCUCUCACUUCCGUACAAUGGGACUUCAUAAUCCUUGUCAAUUGUUUCCAAAAUGGUUAUUGGGGAAAAUACAGAAACAUGAACAUAGAAUUGCUUUAACAUUAAUAAUUCCUAUAUAUAUGGCUUAUCUCUUAAGUGAUAGACAUAUGUAUUGAUUUCUAGAUCAUUAGAUUAACAUUUUUUCCUGGGGGUAGUCUUUUUAUCUUAUUUGCAUGACACAGAAAAGAUGUCUAUACAGCCAUGUGGAUGUCUUUGUUAUUGUUCCUUGCAAGACAAGGAUGGGGAACCUGUGACUUUCCAGUUGUUUCUGGUCUACAACUUCCAUCUUCCUGACCGUUGGCUGUGUUGAUCAUGGUGGAUGGGAGCUGGGGUCCAACAAAAUCUGGAGCACCACAGUUUAGCCAUCAUUGUUGGAGGGAAUAAGUUACCAUAAUUGAGUAAUUUCAGAAAGUCCUCCCAUUCUUCUCGUCUCUUCUUUAUGACUAUGGCUGAAAAUAUUUUGCACCUCGGCAUUUUAAACAAAUGUUGCUUGCAUUGCAAAAAUAUCCUGUUUUAUCUCUUGUUGUUUCUUUCUUUGUUUUCCCCAGGUGGAGAGAUUGGCUUCACCCCUUUAUUUGAUAUCCUUACCUUUGUUGUAUCGGAUGAUGAAAUUGGCCCAACAAAUGAGUGUUGUUAUGAUGAAUCUCCUUUUCCUCCUGUUCCGCUUCAUAAAUCUUUUCCAGUAUAUGAUAUUAACAUCACAAUAUUUCCUAUAGACAACCAACCACCAUCCAUUGUUACUGGUAAAACAUCUUUACAUUUUUUUAUUUUAUUUUUUGUAUGCCCAGCUGGCUUGUUGAGAAUUUAAGAUUAUAAUUCAGGACAUGUUAGGACAAUGCUGAACUGUCUAUGCUAAUUUAUUUACAAAGCACUUAAGGUUUUCAAGCCACUGUACAAAGAUUUUUUAUAUAUUAAAAAAAUGUUUUUCAGUUUUUUAAACUUUUUUACAAACAUACAAAUCCAAUAUUUCCCCAAUAGACAUAUGUAUAUUUACCCCACCACUUUGUGGUUUCUUAUAUUUUUUAAUUCUUCGCAAUGCAUUUUCCUCAUUAUUCUAAUUAUUAAUUAUUCCCUACUUUUCCUUUAACAUUAAUUUUAACUGCUUGGUUUUAAAUUAAUCCUGCCAAUGAACUUAAAUGUAUACAAUAACUUUUCAAAUAUUCCACAAAUUUCCCCCAUUCUUUAAUAAAGUUUUUUUCUUCUUGGUUUCUUAUUGCUCCAGUAAGUUUUACCAUUUCAGCAUAGUCCAUUAAUUUAAUCUGCCACUCCUCCUUGGUCGGUACAGAAUCUUCUUUCCAUCUCUUUCUUUCUUUUAAGACGCUUUAAGACGGUUGUUCCAUGCAUGCUUAGCUUAAAAAUGUUGAAGUAAGGGAUUUCCAUGGAAAAAAUAUCACAUAACCUAAAUGAGUCCUACAUGCCUAGACCAGACACUGCAUCGAUUCUCUGAGACAAUUUCAAUAGUUGUUUAUUUUUUAUAACUGAGUGGCGUUAUACGAAAGGCAGCUCUUUUGCCAGUAAUGUGUGCAUGUCCACUACUUUUCAAUGAGGUAUGUAUGAGUAACUUUGUGAUUUGCAGCCUAUCACCUAAGCAAUGUUCUGGAAAUGAAGGAUUGUCCCAGCAGGGAAAUUAAGCACUGAUGCAUGAAAAAUGGUUCAUUAUGAGCAAUUCAUAACAGCUCUCAGGCAAUUAAUGCUGUGACAAACAGAGGUAACAACCGAUCUUGAGCACUGCAUAAACCAUACUGAAUAGCUUAUCAACAGAAUUGUUUUGCAAGUGUGGUCCCCUCCCCCUUUCUCCCUCCUCAUUCAAUUGGUGAGGAUGAAGAGUCAUUGGUACGGCACGACUGGAAAACGUUGCUAUCAAGCAGAUGGCUUUCACCACCAGUUAUCUGAGACAUUUCUUUAGCUUUGCAAUUCCGGCUCCUUAAGUCACACAGUGCUUAUCACUGAAGAAGUGUGCAUGCACACAAAAGCUCAUACCAAUAACAAACUUAGUUGGUCUCUAAGGUGCUACUAAAGGACGCGGGUGGCGCUGUGGGCUAAACCACUGCACCUAGGACUUGCCGAUCGGAUGGUCGGCGGUUCGAAUCCCUGCGACAGGGUGAGCUCCCGUUGCUCAGUCCCAGCUCCUGCCCACCUAGCAGUUCGAAAGCACCUCAAAGUGAAAGUAGAUAAAUAGGGACCGCUCUCCGGCAGGAAGGUAAACGGCGUUUCCGUGUGCUGCUCUGAUUCGACAGUAGCUGCUUAGUCACGCUGGCCACGUGAUCCGGAAGCUGUCUGCGGACAAGCGCUGGCUCCCGGCCUCUUGAGUGAGAUGAGCACACAACCCCAGAGUCGGUCACGACUGGACCGUAUGGGCAGGGGUCCUUUACCUUUACCUUUUAAGGUGCUACUGGAAGGAAUUUUUUAAUUUUGUUUCGGCUACAGCAGACCUACACAGCUACCUACCUGUGACUAGUACUUAUCACUAUAUCAUUUGUUUGCAGGUGCCAUGUUUGUUGUGGACGAGGGCACCUCGGCUGCCAUUACAAUUAACCACUUGUCUGCCGCUGAUCCUGACACGAAAGCAGAUGACUUGCAGCUUGUUUUAGCUUCUCCUCCCCAAUUUGGGUACAUAGAGAAUAUAUUGCCUUCCCCUGGCUUUGAGAAAAGCAAUGUGGGAAUAAGCAUAGGUAUGUGUGCUACAGGGAAAGGCAACUUGUAUUUAAAUCUAGGCACAUUGCCAACACCUCUGCAGUCCAUUUUGCCUUCCUGUGGUCAAAUGUAUGCAGAAGCCAUUACCAGUGAAGAAUCAAAAGAAUUGUAGAGUUGGAAGGGACCACUAGGAUAAUCUAGCCCGGUGUUUCCCAAUCUUGGGGCUCCAGCUGUUUUUGGACUACAGUUUCCAUCAUUCGUGACCACUGGCCCUGCUACUUAGGGAUGAUGGGAAUUGUAGUCCCAAAAAACAGAGACUCAAGUUUGGGGAACACUGAUCUAGUCCGCAGCCCUGAAAUGCAGGAAUCUUUUGCCCAAAGUGGGGCUCGAACCCACAACUCUAAGAUUAUGGGUCUCAUGCUCUACUAGCUGAGCCACUCCACCACUGCAAUGCUGCUGCCUUAAGCCCCCACCUCUUCUGGUUUUCCAAUGAAUGCCAGGUGGAUGCCAUUGUGAUGAAGAGAGUGAUGCUAAGUCUCUUCAGGACAAUGUGGGUAAUUACAAGUUAACCCUCCUUUGCCAUUGUCUGCCUUCAUUGGUACAUCUGUCCCUCAUUUCUGUACUUGCUGGAAAUAUAUGGAGGAAGGGGCUGUGUUGCAUGGUGUCAGUGCUGGAUUUAGGUAUAAGCUAAACAAGCUACAGCUUAGGGCCCCACUCUCUUGGGGGGCUCAAAAAAAUUUAAAGGAAAAAAACACCUGGAUGUACAUUUCCAAAAUAUAAGAUAAAAAGCAAAUAAAAUAAAACCUACAUACAGCAGCAGUGUUUUGUGUUGUGUAGGCUCCUAUGAUGUAAGUCAUGGUCCCCACCUGCUAGCCUGCUCCCUAAAAUAUCACUGGUUUGCUCAUUUCUAUAUAUAGGGUGCCUACAUUCCACAUGGACUGGUUGAAUGGCAACAUGCGCAAAUGGCUUUAGAUACCUAUUAGGACCAUAAAUUGCCAUAUAGCAUAUAUUCAACACAAAAAACAGGGACAAUUUGUUGUUGGCAAAGGACAGCUGGACAUAUAAAGGGCCCCAUUACCUUCAGUAGCUUAGGGCCUCAUCAAACCUAAAUCCGGCCCUGCAUGGUGCAAUGGGGGAGCAUCAGAAGGCUUUAUAUUGAGCAUCGUCUAUUAAACUUGGAACCAAUCUUGCCUGGAAUAGUGAAAAAAACUCUUGCUGGGGAGUUUUUGAAUCUGAAUGAGUCUCAGUGAGGCAGCCACCAACAUUUCUCUCUGUGGCCACACAGCAUCUCCUGGGCCUCUUAAUCUGUCCGCUGCCUUUUCAAAAUGCUUUUUUCAUUAUAAGUUGCCUUUGCUUUCCUAUUAUGCAGUUUUAAUUUAUGGUUAUUGUUUUCAUGUAAACUGCUUUGUGAGGCUUUGUUGGCGAGUUUGGGACUACUGCUGAAUAGUGGGGUAAAACAAAAACAAAAUCUGGGGACCCCUGAAUUGGGAGCCCCUUCUAGUUGGUUUCCCACAGCCACUGGAUGUUAAAACUGUCCCAAAGUUUUGAGGGGUUUGCUCCACCCCAGGUCUCAGAACACAUUUUGUGUAAAUAUCAUCCACAGAAGCAUUUUAGAGCAUCUCCCUCCUCUUUUCUACAAACACCUGUAGCCCAAACGAGUGUACAUGUUAGGGAAUGGCAAGGUUAUUUCAAAGAGGACAGGAGAAGAUGCAUAUCCAGUAUUAACUUGAAUUUCUUUCAUCUAGCCUCAUUUCAGCUGAAAAACAUAAAGGGUCUGCACAUAAACUAUGUCCAGAGCAGGCACAGGAGAAUAGAACCAACCGCAGACCAGUUUAUGGUUUAUGCCACUGACGGGAAGCAUCGUUCGAUGGAGACACCGUUUUAUGUAUUGAUCAACCCGACGAAUGAUGAAGUGCCAGAAUUUGAAGCAAGGAAUAUUACAGUAAGGACUGAAAUAUAGUAUGUUCCUCUGGUUGUUCCUUUCUCAAAGACAACAUAGCUGGUCUUUACUUUUGCUUCCUCCCCAUACAACUCUUCCAGCAUAUUCCAUUUAUUUAUUUCCUUGCAUUUAUAUCCUGCCUUUUUUCCAUCAUGAAGUCCAUCAUGUGAUUCCCAGGAGAUCAGCUAUUUGGGCACUGAUCAGAUCAAGAGCUGCUUAGCUUUGGCAAGGUGGUGGCCUCAUGUGCCUUCAGACCAUCCUCUGGGAACACCAUCUUUUAUGCCUGGGUAUCCAGUCAACCCCAAGUAAACCAGUGCACUAUGCAUGAUUCAAGAUGUUUUACUUUGAGUUUCUGGUUUCCUUGCAGCCCUCAUCAACCCACAUCUGCCUCUCUAUCCUCUACGCCAGGCAUGGGAAGCCUCCAACUUCCCUCAGCCCCAGAUAGCAUCGCUAAUGGAAGUUGUAGCCCAACAGCACCUGGAGGGUCACAGUUUUCUCCAAGCUUGCUCUGGAUUUAUUCUGGUUCAAGACUCAGCUUCCCUAUUCUUCAUAGUCGCUUUCCAUCACUUAGCUCUUCUGCUCCUUGCUACCUGUCCUGGUCCCUAAACAUCACCUGGAUGCUCUUUCUACCUCUUUGCCCCAUUUUCUUUUCCUGCCCAAUCUCCUAUCCCUUGGCUCACAUGUUUUUUAUUUGCAUUUGUUUUUUUAAAAAAAUAAAUUUAUUUAUUUGGUUUUUCAACUUGCAAUUUUAGAGAAAUAUAACAAACAUAAAUAAUAAAAACAAGUUUUCAAGGAAUCUCUUGGACUUUCAUCCUCCCCUUUGUGAGUCCUAUUAUUAAUCAAUUCCUCCCACAUCUUUUAUGAUAAUCCAAACACUUUACCUCUUCCAUUAUGUCCAGAAUUCACCCUUAAACUACAAGUGAUACUCCAAUCCUACUAAUGAUUUUUAACUGUUUACAAUGGUCUUUAAGAUAAGUUAUACAUUUUCCCCAUUCCUUAUUAAAAUAUUGGUCUUUCUUCUGACUCUUCCAGUCUUUUUAGCCAUUUCAGCAUAGUCCAUUAACUUCAUCUGCCAUUCUGCUCUGGUAGAAACUUUAUCUUCUUUCCAUCUCUGGGCCAAUAAUAUCCACAUAGCCGUGGUUGCAUACAUAAACAGCCUUUUCUGCUCCUUUGGGAUUUCAGCACCUAGUAUUCCUGAAAGGAAGGCUUCAGGCUUUUUAACAAAGGUUAUUUUAAACAUUCUUUUCAACUCAUUAUAUUUCAUUUCCCAAAAUCCUUUUACUACCUUACAGUUCCACCAUUUAUUUGCAUUUGUUUGCACAGCAUUUUUAGAGGAAUGGUGGUUGGAGCUGGGCAGUAGAGUUAGGAACAUAUGUCCAGGCAGACUAUUUUGCAUAUAUAUAUAUAUAAUAUAUAUAUGUGUGUGUGUGUGUGUGUGUGUGUGUGUGUAUAUAUAUAUAUAUAUAUAUUACCAACAACCAAAACACAAACAGUGAAACCCCCCAGGGGGCUGAUACAUUGGGUAUACAUAAUCAAUGAUAACAUAUUCAAAUCAACCAUAUGUACAAUUCUAUAUAAAUUAACACUCCUCCCUCCACAAGGUUUAUUUAACUUUUAACAUUUUAAUUGCCCCAAAGUGUUCAAACCUACCCAAAUAAUUCAAUAUCUUCUCAAACCAAUCCUCCUUCUUCUCACUGACCUUAAACCCUUUCAUUUUAUGUAUCUUCACAGAUAUUCUAAGAUUAUAAUAUUUUUCAGUCUUUUCCUCCAUUGGUUCACCCCUAGCUCUUCUGCAUUUUUCCAGUUACUCGCUAUAACCUGUCUGGCUGCAAUUACCAUCAAUUUUACCCAUUUACAUUCCUCUUUUGUUUCUAACUCGGUGCUACUCAGGCUAAUAAGAACCAUUAAUUUAGAUAUUUCCACCUUCCUACCCACAAUUCCUGAUAUUUCUAUACCAGUCUGUUUCCAGAAUUCAUUAACCAACGGACAAUCCCACCACAUAUGACUGUACGUUCCCAUCACUCCACAUUUCCUCCAACAAUUCAUCCAAUAAUUGUCUGCAAUGAAUGGUAGCCACUCUCCAUGGUUUCAGACAGAGGUCUCUCCCAGCCUUACAUGGAGAAGAUAGGGAUUGAGCCUGGGACCUUUGAGAUGCAUGCUUUGAGAUACACCUUAACCUAAGAUCAAGUGGACCAGCAAAAUUUAAUGAUGGCUUAUUGGAACAGACUAGAUGAGCAUCAGCAGGCUUACAAAUUCCGUGUCUUAUUAUUCCCUCGUUCUGCAAAAGAUUUCUGACUUGCCUUCCUUUGACCAUUCAGGUGCAGGAGGGCCAGAUGAAGGAACUGGAUCCAUCUGUAAUCAGUGCUGUUGAUCUGGACAUACCUCAAGAUCCCCUGAUCUUUACUGUCCUCCGCCAACCCCAGCACGGCCUCCUUGUUAAUGGGAAUCAUGGCAAUGACAUCAUCCGCUAUAAACAUGUGACCGACAGUCACCAGCACCACGAACUUCCUGUACAUGGGUUUUCCAUGGAGCUUUUGAAAAAUGGUAAAUGCUCUCCCAGCCUGUUUGUCCUUCAGAACAGUUACAGCCAGAUGGUGGGAUAAUAAGAAAUAUUCAUGUUUUAUUUCUGCACCUGAUUCAAAGGUUGUCUUUUAUAUAUCUAUGGUUGUGUACACAUCUACCCUGCACCCAGUGUACUCCCACUGUUUGGGAAGUGAUGUACACAUGUUAGCCCUGUACUUUUCCUGUACAUAUAGUUAAUACAUUUCCUAUUUAUACUGUCAUUUCUUAUUAAAUGUUGUGUUUUUUGUUUUUAAAAUUAUUUUAUUUUAUUUUAUUUUUUGAAAUGCUGUGUUUUGAUACAUUUGUCUCCAAACAAGCUUUGAACCGGAUUGAGGAAAAGCUGUAUUUUAAGUUGGCGAUGUGUACACAGCCUCUCUCUGAGAAAAUCAUAUUUAAACUACAGUACUAUGCACAUUUGCAUGGGAAUAAGUUUCAUUUAAUUUGCUAGGAUUUUUUCUUUUCUUUUACUGAAUAAAGGAUGCUUGAUAGGAUCAGGCUACAAAUCUGUUUAAGAUAUGAAAACAGUUCAAUCAUAUGUUUACUCAGAGUAAAAUACAGUAAAUUCGGUGGGAAUAUGGCCCUCAAACUCAGCGAGUCUCACAUUUCAGCAGACUUGCAUAAAACUACACUGUGAAUGGCAUUCAGGUCUUUCUGCAACCAAACGGAUCAAGGGAGCUGGAGGACUUUUCUUACAAGGCUACAGAUACUGGGAGUUAGUUUGGAAAAUAGGUGGCUGAAGGCGGGGGGGCAUUGUAAUAAUAUGAAAGAAUUGCUAGAUGCAGCCUGAGUUGGCUGUGCAGAGGAAGGCCCUCUGCUUUUGGUUGUGAGAAGAGGAGUUGUCGAAAGACCAAGACUGCUCAAUGAAACCAUCAAUCAACAAACCUUCAACAUUUCUUUGUAAAGCAGAGCCUGAUUUAUAAAAUAAUGCUUGGCAUAGCGAAAGCAGGCAGAGACUAUGCUGGGGAGUCACAAGAGCCAGAAAGGAAGACAGGGCACUGACUUCUAGAGGCUGGACCCCUUUGAGCACCCCAACAUUUGUUAGCUGAGCUGUCGCAAUGUUCAUCUGGGGGUUGGAUGUGACAUCACGAAGUCGGACGUGAUGCCCAGAUGCAACACCGUUGUGUGUGAUGCCAGGGACACGAUAGAUCCUCUUCCUCCUCCUUUUAACACAGAGGGGAAGCAGCCCCCAGCCCAUGAUGGUGGCUGGAGGAGCAGAAGGCAGAUGAGCCACCAGCCACGGAGGCCAAGCUGUCACACAAUGGCAUCACAUCUGUCGUCCAUGCAUCACACACAAUGUCAGCCCCCCUCCCCAAUCUCCAACCCAAGUCAUUGCAUCUUCAGAAAGGUUUGUGUGCCAGAGCUUCACAACUUGUGUUCUAAAGUCAGGUCCACUGAGUUCAACGAAGCUUCCUCCAAAUUAAGGUAAAAGAAAAAAAAGGUAAAGGGCCCCUGGAUGGUAAAUUCCAGUCAAAGGCAACUAUGGGGUUGCAGCGCUCAUCUCGCUUUCAGGCCAAGGGAGCUGGCAUUCGUCCACAGACAGCUUUUCUGGGUCAUGUGGCCAGCAUGACUAAACCACUUCUGGCACAACAGGACACUGUGACGGAAGCCAGAGCGCAUGGAAACGCCAUUUACCUUCCUGCCACAGCAAUACCUAUUUAUCUACUUGCACUGGUGUGCUGUCGAACUGCUAGGUUGGCAGGAGCUGGGACAGAGCAAUGGGAGCUCACCCUGUUAUGCAGAUUUGAACCGCCAAACUUUGGAUCGGCAAGCCCAAGAGGCUCAGUGGUUUACACCACAGUCCUUUUGGUGUGUGGGAACCCCUUUGGUUUCUUUCCAUACUGCAUUGGCUAACUGGGAAGAGCCACAGUGGGGCACCUCCCAACAUUUUUAUCAAAUCACACUAGAGUAGUUGAAAUAUGGUUUCUAAUUGUGCUCAAAAGGGAAAGUGAACAUUUUUUAAAUUUUACAGGGAUGGAUGAAUGACAAAACAGAUACAUUCUUCUCUCUCUCUCUUUAAAAAAGCAGAUUGUUUUCAAAGAAGCGUUAUUAGUCAAGCAGGCCGUGAUAUGUGUUUUUGAGUCAAUGGUGUGCUGAUGGAUUAAUGAACAGCUGCUGUAUUCAAGGCUUGUCCCAUGCUAGUUGAAGCAAGCUGGCUGUGACCAGCAGACUUGUGGGGGGCGGGGAGCAGGAUGGAAACAGUGGGAAAUGAUGUGAAAGAGAUUUUGAGGGAAACCGAUUAAUUUUCCUCCCCCCUCUCCUUCUCCCCUCUCCCUCUCUCUUGUUACUGUCCCCUUCAUCCCACCUUCCAGGAAUGAGGCUGAUGUAUAUGCAUGAUGACUCCGACAGCCUAGCGGAUGGCUUUUCAAUCCAGCUAUCAGAUGGGAAACAUAAAGUGUCAAAAACCAUUUCGGUAGAGGUCAUUCCAGUUAAUGACGAGAAACCAGUGCUGAGCAAGUAAGCCACAUGUUCAUGUUCCAAUUUGGUGCAUGUGUUCUGACAAAGUGAUUCAGCAGUGAUCACAACAGCAAAUUAGUGAUUAAUAGAGCUCAUCUCUUGUAAAUAACCACAGACUAAUGCCAACAGCGCUCCACAAAAACAAUCCUUGGUGAAGGACGUUCUGUUAUGAGCAGAGAGAGCAAUGUAGCCAAAUCUGAAUCCGAGGUACCUACAAACAGAGAUACACAGCUUGUAUGUACAAAAUAACGCACGCAUAUACAUAUAUGGUAUACAAAUCAAAGGCAAUGAGUUUACAAUGUUUGCACCCUCUGGUGGUCAUUCCAAACUUUGACUCAGACCUUUUCUCCGCUGUAGUUUUCUAUCUGGGUUACUCUGACCAUUUCAGUUUCUAUCAGUUUCUCAUUUAAAGUUGAGUUCUCCACAUUUCCAGGCAAAUUUGUGUUUUUUCCAUUUUCCAUUUUAGUGCAAACAUCUCCCAAUAUAGGCAUUUGUGCCUAAUAUAUAACUUUGUGCAAAGCAACCUCAAUAUAUGCAUUUCAAGCAUACUUUACUGCUGUAUAUGCAUUAUUAUUUUUUUACACAUCACGUGACCAGGGAAGUGCAAAUUUAGAAAGGUGACUGUGUUUCAGUCUGUGUAUUGCUCUGGAAAGGGCAAAUUAUGUAAGUUCACCUUCAAAUGCAAUUGGAUUUCUCCUCUAUCCCUAACUCCUCAUGUCAUUGUAUGAACUGGGCCAUAAUUUAGGAUAUCAGUACUGUAUUUGAAGACCUCAUUCUUCAUUUGUAUUAACAGAAUGAUGCCUUGCUUGCUUGAAAUCUGUGUGGGGUGUGUGUGUUCUCUGAGUGAUUCUUCCUCUCAUUAUUUCUGUAAUUAUCCUCCUUUUCAACAAAUAACAUGAUGGAUCCUUUGUUUGUUUGUUGCAGGAAGGGUAAGAUAGAGGUGACUAUGGGCGAAGCCCAAAUUAUUUCUAGUGCUGUUCUGUCAGCUGAAGAUAAAGACACCCCAAGGGAACAAAUUUAUUAUUUAUUUGAGAGUGUCCCAGAAAAUGGACAUCUUCAGCUCAAGGUCAGUUUUUGUAUUUCUACAAAAACCAAACAAAGUAUUGCUUGGGGGAGAGGGGAAAGGAAGAACCCAGACUUAUUGGGUUAGAAUAGGAAUCAGUGUAAUCCUCCUGUUUCUUAAUAGUCUCUCAUGGCUUGAAACACAUUGCAGUGCCUAAGAUAAUUUCCACUCUGAUCCUUCGAACAAUCCAGUAGUGGAUGUUCUGUUCACAUCAGUGGAACUUCUGCCAGCAGAGUUGUUUCAGAUGAAGUUGAUUAUAGGAAGUGUGAAGAACACGCACCAGGGCUCUUGUUCUUUUUAAUUCUGUGUGUGCCAAAUAUGUAAAGGUAAAGGGACCCCUCACCAUUAAGUCCAGUCUUGGACGACUCUGGGGUUGUGACGCUCAUCCCGCUUUACUGGCCGAGGGAGCUGGCGUUUGUUCACAGACAGCUUCCAGGUCAUGUCGCCAGCAGGACUAAGCGGCUUCUGGCGAACCAGAGCAGCGCAUGGAAACAUUGUUUACCUUCCCGCUGGAGCGGUACCUAUUUAUCUACUUGCACUUUGACAUGCUUUCGAACUACUAGGUUGGCAGGAGCCAAAUAUGUACCCCUGAUUAUAUUUUCAGAACUAUAUAAUUGACCAAGGCCACAAUGGCUAUGUGGAGGGUGGUGCUAUGGUCUAAACCACUGAGCCUCUUGGGCUUGCUAAUCAGAAGGUUGGUAUUUCGAAUCCCCGCAAUGGGGUGAGCUCCCUUUGCUCUGUCCCAGCUCCUGCCUACCUAGCAAUUCGAAAGCACGCCAGUGCAAGUAGAUAAAUAGGUACCGCUGUGGCAGGAAGGUAAACGGCGUUUCCGUGUGCUCUGGUUUCCGUCACAGUGUCCCGCUGCAAUAGCAGCAGUUUAGUCAUGCUGGCCACAUGACCCAGAAAGCUGUCUGCGGACAAACACAGGCUCCCUUGACCUGAAAGCGAGAUGAGCGCCGCAACCCCAUAGUUGCCUUUGACUGGACUUAACUGUUCAGGGGUCAUUUACCUUUUUUUUACCAAGGCCACAAUGGCUAUGUGGAGGGUGGUGCUAUGGUCUAAACCACUGAGCCUCUUGGGCUUGCUGAUCAGAAGGUUGGUAUUUCGAAUCCCCGCAAUGGGGUGAGCUCCCUUUGCUCUGUCCCAGCUCCUGCCUACCUAGCAGUUCGAAAGCACGCCAGUGCAAGUAGAUAAAUAGGUACCGCUGUGGCAGGAAGGUAAAUGGCUUUUCCGUGUGCUCUGGUUUCCGUCACAGUGUCCCGCUGCAAUAGCAGCAGUUUAGUCAUGCUGGCCACAUGACCCAGAAAGCUGUCUGCGGACAAACACAGGCUCCCUUGGCCUGAAAGCGAGAUGAGCGUCGCAACCCCAUAGUUGCCUUUGACUGGACUUAACUGUUCAGGGGUCAUUUACCUUUUUUUUACUUUUCUACAGUGGCUAAGGACAACAGUAGGGAUAGCCAGUAAGGGGCACUCCAGAUACUGUGGACUACAGCUGCCAUCAUCCUUGAACACUGGCCGUGCUGGCUGAUGGGAGUUGUAGUCUAGCCAACCAAGUUGGCUUCUCCUGGGCUAUGCUUUAUAAACUGGGGCAGAAAGUCUUUUAUCCUGCUUCCCCUCAAGGGCAAUUUAUGUGGCACUGGGUAGGGCUGGAAUCAAUGCUAGGCAGGGUUAGAGCCAAAAGUGAGCAGGGUCACAGUUGAAUGUGGACAGGACACCUACCCCUUCCCCUUCCCCUUUGUUUUUCUUCCUUGUCAUUCGCAUGAAAUUAGGCCAAGGUGUUGUUGGUCCCUGACCCCUGGCUUAUAAGGUCUCGUCACUAGCAUUACACACAGCUGAUCACUAAAAUAGUAUUUCUUAUGUUUAGUGACAGGGGUUUUUUUGUUUGUUUGUUUGUUUUAGGUAGGCCAUGACUGGGAGACACUCCAAAAUGGGAUGAAGUGCACUCAGAAUGACAUAGACAUGAACUCUGUGAGAUACAUACACACCGGAACAAUUGGCUCAAAGGAGCAGGACAGUUUUGUGUUUCAUCUGUGGGAUGGAGACAAUAGAUCACCAGAGGUGGUUUUCCCUAUUACCAUAAAAGACUUGGAAAAAGGUAUAUCUAUAUCUAAUCUUCACAUGUAAGGCAAGAUUCCUCCUAGUAUUUUUUUUCCCUAAGGAGCAGCUCAUACUUGAUCUUGUAUAUGGGUAUGUACAGGGCUUUUUUCCAGCCAUAACUCAAUUCCCGCAGAUCUCAGAUAAGUGCCAUUGCUAUUAUAAGAGAACAAGAGUGGCGUUCACGCUGAAUUCCAGCACCUCUUUUUCCAGAAAAAUGGCACUGGGUAUGUAUGAAUUUAGGUCCAAGCAGGCCCUUGAUAGCUUCACACAUUCACAGUGAUCUAAUUCUAUACAAUCACAAGUAUUGUACAAACUUUACGCUUAUUACAAACAAGGUUGUAAGAAGGCAUCAGUUUCCAUUCCAACCCAUGUUCUUCACGAACAGUCCUGUUUCUGUUCUGCUGCAGUUCAGCUUCAAACCAAAACUACAUUAUUCAUCUCAUCGUCUACGGUAGCAGAAUUUUACAUACUGUAAUUAAUUAUUAGUUUACACCGUUCAUUUCAAUGCACAGGAAACACACUGCAUUUUGGGGUGAGGAGUUAAUCAAUUAUAUGUUGAUAGCAGCAAAUACCUUUCAUAUUCAGUGGAUUGAUUUCCAUUCUGGUCAUGGGGCAAAUAAAUGAACACCUGCAAUUUAUGCUCCUGUUUCUAUUUCCAUCAGAAUUCUAGGGGGCCCCCAACCCUUCAGAAUACAUUUCAACGGGGAGGAUUAAUCAAUAAAAGUCACAUUCUUCCUUUUCUGCUCAUGGGAACAUCUUGUGAAUGGAAUUUCAUUCAAGGAGCACUCCCACCAGCAGAAGCCUAGUAAGAAUCCAAACCAAAAAAUAUCGUUAAUAUUUAUGUUCCAUGUGUCCUAUAGGAAACAUUGCAGUUUUCACAAAGCCCCUCACUGUGAUGAAGGGCGACAGAGGCUACUUGACGACUGACAUCCUCCUUGCAGUCGAUGGCACUGAGAAGCCGGAGGAGAUCCUCUAUGUGAUAACCUCCCCACCUCAGUAUGGACAACUUGAGUAUGUCACCUAUCCUGGAGUUGCCAUUACAAGUUUCAGCCAAAUGGAUGUGGCAGGCCAGGCCAUCUGCUAUGUCCACCAUAGCAAGGCAGCUUCUCCAAGGGAUGCGUUCAGGUAAGCAGUGAAAAUUUUUUUGCUUUCCUUAAUAAAAUUAGCAUCAAGAUUGGAAGUAGGAAUAGUCAAUGCAUGGCAGGAGGUGGUCAGCAUUCUCCUUUUGGGCAUGACAUCUUCAUGCAAAGAGAUUCAUGUUUGAUCUAAGGUGGGGUGAAGAACUUCUGGCCCUCCAUAUGUACCAGGUUAGCACUUCUCUCACACAAGACACAAAACGCUGGCAGUUUUACAAGUUGAGGUUUAUUAGCAAUAACAGGCUUACAGCAAUCCAAGCUUCCCACAACUCAUUGCUCACUGUCAGCGUCAGUUGACUCGACUGGCUUCCAGCCCUUCCCAAGGCCAGAUAUACGCCAGGCCCGUCCUGCUUCCUGUUGGUCUUCCUUUGUUCUAAUCGCUUGCUCCGCCUCCUACUUCUUGGAGAUUCAGGUGCAGCCAAUUCCUCCUCCUCUGGGGGGGGGGGGGCUUAUCUCACUUUCGUUGUGUGAAAGAAUCAAGUUCCUGUUUUCCUCUGCCUCUUCCUCCCCCUCUGCCGACCAUGACUCUGACAAUAUGUUGUUUGACACCAGUUCCCAUCAGCCUCAACCAAUGUGGCCAGGGGUCAGGGAUGAGGGGAGCUGUAGUCUGAAGGGCCACCAGUUUCCCACUCCUCAUCUAAAAUAAGAAUAGCACUUGAACAGUUCCCUGCACCGCAUGGGAAAUAGUUACCAUUGUCUUUGUGGUCUAAGGAGUUGUCCAUAAUGGGAAAGUGGUAUAUACAUAAACGGAUUGUGUGUUAACAUUUUAGUUGUCUCCUAAAAGCACACAUUAAAAAUAUGGUAUAACCGAGCUCAUUUGGAACCUACUUUCUAGGUUGUUAAUUAUUCUCAUAGGUCGCCCAUGAACCCUUUCUAGGGCAUCAGCAUUAUUGCCCAUAAGUAAAUGAAGUUUCACCUAGCUGCACCACUAAUUUGGCUUCUCAGUUUCUGCACUCAGUUUUAAAGCUGGAAGAAAAAUUCAGAAUGUAACAUAAUCCUGGAUCUCCUUAAACACCAAGACUUUGCAAAUAAAGUUGGUGUGCAUGCUCAGGGCAACAUUUUGGGUGGUAUUCAACUACGUUUUACUGACAAUAGACCCAUUAAAUUAAUGGACGUGAGUAAGUUAGACCCAUUUGUUUUUAUGCAUCUGCUCUGAGUAAAACUUAGUUGAAUAUCACCCACUGCCUUGCAAACUACUUAUUCCCGUAUCUUGAUUCAGGCAACACAUUUAAGAUUAUUUUUCUGUGGUUUGGAGAGAUAUUUUAAUUUAAUAUAGUGUAAUGAGGUAUUUUAACAAUUUGAAAUUCUUUACUUAAACUCGUUGAUUAGGCGGUUAAAAAGCAGAGACAUUGAUUCAUGAAACAAAUUUGUAUCUAUCGGCAGUUCAGUGUCGAUUUGCUGUCCUCAUCUGGGAUUUUGCUUUUUUUAAUUAAUUAGUAAACUGGGGAAAAGCCAGAUUCUGGAUUCACACCAUUGUUUUCGUUCCAGUUUAACUAAGAUGGUACAUAUUCAUGUUCAUAUGCAUAGAUGCAUAGAUGUAGCUACCAGUAUGAUUAUGUGUGUGUGUUUAUACAUACCUAUAGUUAAAUUUGUGUGACAUUGCUUCUAGACAUGCCCAGAGUGUUAUGCCCAGACCAGACACACUUUGACGAGGUAUUUUAAUGAAAUGAAGAUAUACGUGUCUGUUUCAAUCACUGUAAAAUGAUGUUCCUGGCUGUUCGAAUUUGGCCAAGCAGUUGGUUAUAUAUUGAGAUAUAAAUACUGUGGCAGAUUAUUAAAAAAUAAAACACCAAGGGCUGGUGACAUUUAAUUAAAUGAGGGUUUAAAUGAUCAGAUUUUUACCGUCCGUUAAGGCACUUUAUUUCAUCAUAAACCUCACAGCAUUGUUUGAUGCUGCUGGCCUGGAAGAAGGAUUUGGCAGUGCUUGUUUUGGACAGAUGACUUCAAGUGAUUAGCAAUCUGACAUCAGACGCUGGCAGCAGGAUGCUAAAAGAACAUGCUAAUGUCCUCCAUUUUGACACGGUGGAUCAGUUUUGUAAUAAGCUGGCACUAUCUCCUGAUUCCAUUUUUAUAUUUUAAAUGCCAUGACAGAUGGUAAGUCCUGCAGCCAGCUCUAUUGCCAUGAACUAGAGAAAGCCUGAAAACCUUGGUAAUGGUGAAAUCAAGUCACGUGACUCAGCCUCCUAACUAAGCUUGAGAGUUAUCCCCCAAAAAAAAAUUUCAUCAGAGUGAUGAGAAUGUUGGCUGCUUCCCAUUCCUGAGGGAAACGUGGAACAGAACUAAACAUGGAAUAAACAACACGCUGGAAGAAAGGGGCAUGGUGUUUCCUUGAAACAAACAACCUCAUUGUCUGGGGGGACCUAGCAAUGCACACCAUUUGCAUGGCAAUUACUAGCCUGCCUUUGAAAGUUGGACCACAGAUAAUCUAUCCUCAUGUGCUGAACUGCUUGCUAAGUCCUUUACCUUACUCGGGUUUGGGAUGAAUAUAUCUGUGGGCCUUUCUAAAGCAAGAACCUAAUAAAUCUUUAGUAUUAAUAUUUUUGCAUCAUGCACUAGCACUAUAUAGGCCAUAUGGCAAUUCUUUGGGGCAGCAGAACUCCAAGGUCUCCAGACUGCUUAGGGGUGUAUUCUGUGGCAAAUUGCCACCGCAGUCCUUUAGGGCAACAUGGUCUGAAGUAUUUUAUCCUGGUGUCAUCUCCUUUUUUAUUCAUUCCAUUCAACUGUGUGGGCAAACUUCCAUUUGUUUGUAGGGAAUAGGAAAGUGCAUCUUCAGUCAGGAAAACCUUUCAGGAGAAAGCACAGUUCAUCCCUCUGCUUACAAGAACAGUGGGUGGAAGUAAUUUUUGUUGAUGGUAGGAAAGUCACUUAACAAUUUGGUCUGACGCUUGAGUAUCAUCUUCCCUCUUCACCCUCAAAAUUCACAAAAUGCCCUUACAGAGUGGUACAUUGGUUCUUGAACUUAAUUCAUUCGACUCCCAAAGCAUUCAAAAACCAAGGUGAGUCGGACGUUUGGCUUCCAAAAGACGUUCGAAAGCCGGAACACUUAAUUCUGGAUUUUUGGCAUUCGGAAGCCGAUUUGUUCAACAACUAAGCCGUUUGUGAACCAAGGUAUGACCACAUCCACAGCAUUGCUUUCAUUCCAGCUGAAGCUGUGAUAUAACUAAACUGAUGACAGGACAUCCGUUUUACUGCUGGAACAAACAUUAGGUCAGUUCAGGCAGCUGCUGCAGUUUUUCUCAGGUGGGAAUAUAUUUACCUUCGGUAAAUAUAUUUCUUACUCUUAUAAAUCAUCAAGCCUGCCUGCUCUUUUCCCCAUCCAUUCGAUGGCAUAAUGCCUACACACAUUGGUCACCUCUGAAUCAUCAGUGGAAGUUUUAAGGAUAGUAACCUGAAUAUCAGCAGUUUCUCAAGCCAAGAGGUCACAAACUCUACAUCAAGAAUCAGGCACACGACCCCAAUGGUAUCAAGGCUUUUCUGACCUCAAGGGUUCUAGCUCUGGCCUUUGACCUAGGGCUAAGGUGAAAUAAGUGAUUCAAAUAUUCAUUGGUUUGUAUAUAUGAACAAAAUGCCUGCGGCUCAAUGCACAUCCCAAUUAAGAGUUGUUCUUGUCUCAAAGGCACUCAGAUAGGAGAGCUGAGGAAGACCCCUCCUGCCUGCUGUGACCUUGAAGGCCUGUUGCCAGGCAGCUUUUAUUUUUAUACAAAAUAAUAGUUCAUUGGAGAGAGGAAACUUGGCUGACAACGGUUGCAGACUUUAAAUCAACAUUCUAUUUCUAAAUAUAUAUAUAAAAUUAAAAAAUUGCCCAGUAGCACCUUAGAAACCAACUAAGUUUGUUCUUAGUAUAAGCCAUGGGUAGGCAAACUAAGGCCCGAGGGCCGGAUCCGGCCCAAUCGCCUUCUAAAUCUGGCCCACAGACGGUCCAGGAAUCAGCAUGUUUUUACAUGAGUUGAAUGUGUUCUUUUAUUUAAAAUGCAUCUCUGGGUUAUUUGUGGGGCCUGCCUGGUGUUUUUAAUGAGUAGAAUGUGUGCUUUCAUUUGAAAUGCAUCACUGGGUCAUUUGUGGGGCAUAGGAGUUUGUUCAAUUUUUUUUUCAAAAUAUAGUCCGGCCCCCCACAAGUUCUGAGGGACAGUGGACCAGCCGGCCCCCUGCUGAAAAAGUUUGCUGACCCCUGGUAUUAGCUUUUGUGUGCAUGCACACUUCUUCAGUUACACCAAGAAGUGUGCAUGCACACAAAAGCUUAUACCAAGAACAAACUUUGUUGGUCUCCAAGGUGCUACUGUGUGUGUGUGUGUGUGUGUGUGUGUGUGUGUGUGUAUUGACUGCAUCAGACCAACAUGGCUACCUACCUGAAUUAUAUUUCUAGUAGAUCAUGUGCAAUUGCAUACCCUCCAAGUGUCUCCAUUUUCCAGGGACAGUCCCAGAAUUACAAAAGCCAUAUUGGCUUCCAAUUUGAUCCCGGAAUGUCCCUAUUUCCCCUGCCAGUGCCAUCUCUGCUGAGCUUGGGGUGGAGGAUGAGCCGACGCUUUUCCCGAUUGGCAGCAGUGGUGGCAGCGGCUGCCUCUUCAUAUUCUUCCCAUGGCCAUUGCUGCUGGCCUCCUCCCUUGGGCAGCUCAGAGCUGUGUUCGUUUAUCAGUUACGCUUCAACAUUUUGAAACAAGAGUUGAACACCAUAAAAGUGGCAUGCCAAUCCUUAAAGUAAACAAACACUUCCACGGCAAUUUGGGGUCACUGAAAAGAAACAUAACAGAAUACUGAAACAUGGGUGCAAUGACGUAUCUGCAUCCUCAUAACCAUUCCCACAACUUGCAGUCCAUUUAUGCAGUUGGUUUGAUCAUAAAUCAUUUGAAUGCUGUCUCUUAAGUUCACAGACUUUGUGUCUAUGGGGGACACAAAGAGACUGGGGGUCUUGAUAUGUUCUCAGAGUAACCGAGAGGCAAACCCUUUAGUAAAGGUGUCUGUUAUAUUUCAUUUCAGUAGAUGGUGAAACAGGAACACUUGCCUCUUUUUGCCAGAUUCAUCGUCAGCAAUGGGCUAAGGACAAAACACGGAGAGUUUGAGAUCAUCCUGGAGACAGUGGACCAAGCCUUACCCACAGUGGCCAAGAACAAAGGCUUGACCUUACUCGAAGGUGGCAUUGCAUUCCUUUCUCCAGACAUUCUCCAGCUCUCAGACCCAGACACAGAUCCGCAAAACCUCUCCUUUCUCCUAGCACAGCUCCCACAGUACGGCCAGCUCUUCAACAGAAAGUCUGGCCUAUGGCAGCAAAGCUUCAGCCAACAAGAUGUGGACAAUCUGAACAUUGCUUAUAGACAUGGAGGAGGGGAUUCUCGGAUUGACAGAUUUACAUUUGUGGCAACAGAUGGAGUGAAUGAAGGCUUCAUAGUAAAUAACAAGGUGCAACUAGAGCCCUUGGCGUUCAGCAUCCAGGCAAGUUCCUGCACACACACACACACACACUAUUGUCUUUAGCUUCAUUUUGAUGCAGGUUUUAGGAUUCUAACGUGCUGUAUUUUAUUCUGUUUUUUUUAAAAAAAACAAAACAACAACUAUCCCAGAAGCACUACAGAAUGUUGAUAGAUAUGUUCUGUAGAAUAAAGAAGUAAACAAUGUCCCAACUUUUGACUGUUAGCUAUUCCAUUUCCAUACUUUUUAUUAAUUUGUUAAAAUAUUGGUAUUGACAAUUUUUGAGAUAAAAUACAAUAAGAAUCAAACUAGUCUACAGAACGAGAAUAUUUUUUUAAAAAGAGAUAGAAAGAAAGAAAGAAAGAAAGAAAGAAAGAAAGAAAGAAAGAAAGAGAAAACAGAAAUAAAGAGGAGGAGGGAAGAAAAUACGGUACCUGUAAGGCCCUUUACCAUAUUACAUCAUAUAUAUCCUGUCAUUUAUCCACAUACAGAGAGGUAGAUUCUCCCAUCUCCCACCUGGGAGCCUACAUCAUCUCCCAGUCUCUCACCCUGGGAGACCCUUUCUACCCUGCCUUUCAUGUAGGGACUCCCCUCCUCCAACUGUCCCCUUCCUGUUUGUGUCCUCAGUCCAAGGCAAAUGACUUCUUUCCCCCACCCAAAUACAUACAAUUGGCAGAUAGAGAUGUGCAAGUACAUCUCUGUUUUUCCCUUCUUUGUUUUUCUUCCUUCUUUUAUCCUUUUAACUUUGUCCUGUAUGUUCUCUUUCUCUCCAUUUCUCUUUCUCUUGUUUUCCCUUUGUAUUUUUACUAUUUUGUAUUGGGAACAUUCCUACUUCUCUAUCAAUGAGGAUGUCUUGAACUGCUUGUAUGCCAAAUGAAGUGUUUUAUGUUGCCUUGAUUUUUGCUGUCUUCUUUAGCCCCCUUCAUGUGUGAAUUGCAUAAAAGGGCAUCAACUGUAGAUGGUGGUUAAGGGACUGUGCUUCUGUCUCUGCUCAUUUCCCAAUGCCCACACAUUAGACAUGGAUGUUUAACAUGAAAAGCCUGUGUGUGUGAACUUUAGGUAUCCAAGCUCACAGUCAUACAGGCUUUGAGAAUGUGUGAAGAAAUGGCACAUCCACUUUUCCCCAUGGUAACAUAUGGAUGUUGGGGGAGGAACUGAGAAGCCACAUGAAUUGGGGCAUGGGGCUAGAGACAUAGGCUCUUUCUAUGCCCCUUCACAUGAUUCUUGCAUGAAGGGGGCUUUUCAUCGUAAGCAUACAUACACAAAGUUGUAGUAGUUUGCACGCCUUAGAUUGCAUAUAUCUCAAGUUUCAGUGUUCUAGGACUUAUAUAAGCUAAUUCAUCAAACUGGUUUGGGUUUAAACCCCUGUUUUGAUUACAUGUAUGACUUCAAAAAGUAGAGCCUUGGCUAUAAAAGUGCAAGGGUAAGGGAGUGUGUUGCUCCUUCCUUCCUUCCUUCCUUCCUUCCUUCCUUCCUUCCUUCCAUCAAUAUCUAACCUUUGAUCAGUAAUAAGGUAAAGGUAAAGGGACCCCUGACCAUUAGGUCCAGUCGUGACCGACUCUGGGGUUGUGGUGCUCAUCUCGCUCUAUAGGCCGAGGGAGCUGGUGUUUGUCCGCAGACAGCUUCCGGGUCAUGUGGCCAGCAUGACUAAGCUGCUUCUGGCGAACCGGAGCAGCACACGGAAAUGGCGUUUAUCUUCCCGCCGGAGCGGUACCUGUUUAUCUACUUGCACUUUGACGUGCUUUUGAACUGCUAGGUUGGCAGGAGCAGGGACCAAACAACGGGAGCUCACCCUGUUGCGGGGAUUCGAACCGCCGACCUUCUGAUUGGCAAGUCCUAGGUUUAACCCACAGCGCCACCCGUGUCCCAAUCAGUAAUAGUGAGCAUUAAUUUAUUGUUUUAGGUGGACAGCCCAGCCAAAGCAGCACCAGAAAUUGUCCACCUUCGUGCUGCUUCAGACGUAGAACUUCUGAAAAAUGGCAACUUUGGUAUUUACAUUACUUCCCGGGCCCUGAAGGCAUCAGAUUGUGAUGGAGAUGAUGAACAAAUAAUUUUCAAGAUUUUGCGAGGACCUCAGUACGGCUACUUGCAAAAUAUAACAACAGGUAUAGUAUUAUUUCCCCUUUCCACAUAGUUCACAAGAUACAUUGUGUUGGGUAGUAUUGCAAUUGAUCCUUCUAAGCAGACUUGUUACAGAAGAAGUUUCCUGGAAACUUUAUUUUGGGAGAAAAUGUCAGAAAAGCAGACGGAAAUAGACCUCUGCAGAAAAGUGUGUAGGCCCCAAGUUUGUGGGAGUCAUUGAUUCUUUUCAUAACCUAGUUAUUUCAUUUUGCUGUAUAAGCCAGAUAUAUUCUAUGAACUCAGAGCGGGACUCAGAAAUUCAUACGAUUCCUUCCUAAAAAGCAGAAACCACAUUUGCAGUGUAUGUUGGCUUUUUAAUCAAAGUAGUGUGGGACUUAAAAAACACACACAAAAGACCUCUUCAGAUGUUACAAAAAAGUUACUACAUGAUGAAAAGGCAGCCGUGGCAAGUGUGUUAGCUUCACACACAGCCUCUCGCCGUUUUUGUUGCCUUCUGCAAGUUGUAGUGCAACUACCAGCAGCAAGGAACCUCUUGUAUUUGUGGAGACUCCCUGCAUGUUGUGGGACCCUGUAAAAAUCAGGGCUCUCAAUUGUGCAUGGAGCCCUGGGGCUCUCUGUGGCAAGAUGGUUGUCUUCCAACUCAUGGAAGGCGACAAAAACGGAAGCAGAGGUAGCACAUUCACACACACACACAUCAUGUGGUAACUCACCAAUUUUCAUAACACCUGAAGAGCACUGGCUUGCCACGCAACAUGGUGCCGUGUUGUGUGCAAGCCACAUGGCUUGCACGUGUGAUGUGAGCAUGCCAUGCAGCAUGCACAAGUGAUGUCAGAAUGUCGCACGGCAUGCAUGCCCAUUGUGUGCACAUCACCGCAGAAUAUUGAAGGGCCCAGCCCCCUCCUUGAAAAUUUUGAGGGGCUCUCCCCCCUCCCCCAAUGUCACCCUUGACCAUAAGGUGCAAGUGUUAGGGGAAAAAUACUGUGAAGGCUUAUGGAAUUGUAUGUGUUAGAUGCAUCUGAAGACUUCAGGUGCUGUGGUAGGGCCAGGCCUACCAUUAGACAGAGUGAGGUGGUUGCCUAAGACUGGGAUAUAAUGAAGGAGCAGGAAAUGGUCAAUUAUUAAAUUUAUUGUUGUUGUAGGGUAGAGGGGGUUGCUGCCAGGGAGCAGAUGGUGCGGUUCUGCCUCAGGUGCCAAAAUAAUUUGAACGUGUUUUAAGUACCAUGCCCCUUGACUUGGGAGUGGCAGAAACACUGUUUGCUCAGGGUAUCUCAGGCACCAAGAUGGCUGGGGCCAUCCUUGGGCAAAGGGAAUAAUAGUAAAGCACCCAGACCCAGCUCAAUUGAAGAUUAGCUGAAGAUAUGCCUCAGUGCUUGAUAAAGUGAGAGUCACCUCCAGUUCCUCAGGGCCCCUUAAUAUGGCAAGUUAUACAGUGGUGCCUUGGGUUAAGUACUUAAUUCGUUCCAGAGGUCCGUUCUUAACCUGAAACUGUUCUUAACCUGAAGCACCACUUUAGCUAAUGGGGCCUCCCGCUGCUGCCGCGCUGCCAGAGCACGAUUUCUGUUCUCAUCCUGAAGCAAAGUUCUUUACCCGAGGUAAUAUUCCUGGGUUAGCGGAGUCUGUAACGUGAACCGUAUGUAACCUGAAGCGUACAUAACCCGAGGUACCACUGUAUUGUUUUGUUGGGUAUAGUGGAUUGAUGUCACAUUUCUUCAUUCAUUUUCUCAGGUGGAUUUAUUCAGCAUGAAUUCAGUCAGAAGGAUUUAAAGAGCAAAACCAUACUUUAUGUUAUUGACCGUUACUGGGAGGGGAAUUCAGAAGACCUGGAGAUUCAAGUUACUGAUCCUGAAGGAAACUCUGCAAUGCCUCAGAUGUAAGUUAGAGCUUCCUUUCUCCGAACACUUGCAUUGCUCAUAGCAUUUGUUGUUUGUUUCCUCCCUUAAGUCAGGUCACUUGCUGAAGGUUUUGAAGCAGAGACCUUUUACUGGGUCACAGGUUUGUGCGGCAGGAUUCUUUACAGGAGCUAGAAGGAAGCAGUUAGGAAAAAUAAUUGUAGUCCUUUAAAAAAAUCUAGAAAAAGAAUUGUCUGGGGAGUUGGUGCUAUGUUGGCUCUUAGUGAUUAUGUACAUUAUACUUAGGACUUUUACGACAUUCAAAAUGUUCCACAUUUAUUAACCUGUUAUCCUUACAAACAAUUCUGUGAGGAUGCCAGGCUAGGAGAAAGCGGUGUGUUGCGGUAAAAGUUGUCAGAGAAAACAUUUAUGCGACUAUAAAUGGCAGAAAAUAGGUAAAUGUGACAUUUUACUGUUGAAGUAAGAUGAAGACUUUUGAAAUACACAGAACUGUUGUUAUCAGAGUUUACAUACUUGUUCAAGAAAGUCUAUCAGCUUUAUGUAUUUAGUUUUUCUCAAAAUUAGAAAAGUAUUUGGCAUUAUCUAACAUGGCCUUACACCUUCAACCUUGGAAUCUGUUUUCAUUACUGGAGAUUGAUCCUGAAACUUGGAAGGGAAGAUGAGAAGAAUAUCAUUGGGCAGUCACAAACCAUCUUUCCUGAAUCAUCUAAACUUCUGAGAUUAAAGAGAAGGAUUUCAGAAUCAGAUGAUUUCACUUCUGGAAAGCAGUCUUAACAUUUCACAUUUGUGAAAAGAGCCUGUACUUAAGUAUACAGUGAUAUUUUCAGUUUGCACAAAUAUGCAAUGGAUUGUGGCAUAACACCAAUCCAUCAUGUUUCCUUCCUUUUUUUCAUUUUCACAGUGUAUAUGCAAGCAUUCAGAUUUAGGAAGGUUUAUCCUCUUUUCUUACUUGUUGACAAGACACACAGUCUUCACGGUAGCAGAGAAAGGCUGGCAAGCUAUUUGCCCGCUGUGAAAUAUGACAGAAAUAAUACUAAUGAUAGCAAUUAUUAGUUAUAUAUGUGCUUGUAAGAUGGGAAGUUUGACUGUAAAUUAAGCACAUUCCAUUGCUAAAUUGUGCAUGCAGAAAAUUGCAUCUAGAUGCAGCUUUCUACAGCUAGAGGUCACUCUAGAUCUGGGUUGGUAACAUGUCCCAAAUAUAUGGAAUAAUUUUCAGUGAGUUUUUUAAAAACUUCACAUAACAAAAGGGUGUAAGCUAUGUGAUGAAAUAUCCCUCCAAACUCUUUCUUCCCUCUAAUAAUGUUUAACUAACUGCUGCCUGCAAAUGCUCUGUUUAUGACAGUGGUGGCAAAUAAAAAAGGGAGCCGUACAAAUCCAAUUGCGGCACAAGUAAUUUGAGUGGGUGUGUAGAACAGCAUGAAUCUAAGAAAUAAUCCCGCGGGUCCUAGGACAUUUUGAGUUGCAUUAGCGCCACAUCUGGGGGACGCUUGCUUGUUUAAAUGUUCCCAAUUUUCAUUCUUCCGAGAAGAUCAAUGCAACAUCCAUACUGGCUCAGAGUUAAGCAUGCUGCACAUCUGUUUGGUCUUGUGCUUUAUUUUAAGUAGAGACAACUUUACAACCUCUUGGGCUGCUUGGGUGCAUUUCUAUAAAUACCGUUUACUCUCUUUGGUUUACGCUGCACCGAUACUAUGGUAAGUAUUAGACUCAGAUGGUGGGGAGCCUCCUUCUUCCUAUUUUUAAAAUCUGAUAUACUUCCACUCAAACAAACAAAAAUUGGGCAUGCAGUUCUGUUUUGUGUGCGAACCUUUUUUCUUUUUGCUGUUCUUUUCUUUUUACUUGGAAGGGUUUUGUUUUUUAAAAAAUACAAUUUUAUUAGUUUUAACAUACAAAUUAUAAAACAUACCACAGAAAUUAUUACAAAUACAAUCUUAUUGGACUUCCAUCAGCACCUCUGAUGAUCCUCCAUCUUAUACCCUUCUUAUGCAUUACUUAAUUUUAUAUUGCCUUUACCUUUCUUAACCUAUCAUCUCCUUUUCAUCAUUUUAACAAUAUUUCCAUAAUAUUCUUCACAGAACUUCCUGCAAACCUACAAACGUCGUUUGAUCAUCACAAAUACUUUUCAUAUAAUUCGUAAAUUUACUCCAGUCUUCGGUAAAUCUCUGGUCCCGUCGGUUUCGGAUCUUUCCUGUUAGCUUGUCUAAUUCUGCAUAGUCCAUUAAUUUCAUUCUCAAUUAUUCAAUUGUUGGAAGGGUUUUAAAUCAUAUCAGAUCUUUUAGAUACUAAAUUUAGUGUAACUGAACCAAGCUUUCUGGAGGAGAAACCUUGGUGGAUAUAACCAGGGCAUUUUUUCCAGUUCCGGCACCUCUCAGGUGGGUACCAUUGCCAUUUUAAGAGAACAAGAGAGAAGGUGUUCAUGGUGAGUUCUGGCAACCCUUUUCCUAGAAAAACAGCACUCAAGCAUUUGUUUUGGGGGCACAUGGAAAUGGUGAUGUGUAAAGAAUUCACUUCCGUUCCAUAACUGGCCACUAGAUGACUCUGCAUUCAGCUUUUCAAAAAGUAUUGCUAACCUAUAAAUGAGGAAUAGUGACUUUGCUCCAAACUGUUGAGAUCUUACAGGCAGUUCCAUAUGUGGGGUGCAGGUGAUAUUUAUGCCUCAGGUUUCAUCCAACAGAAGUUGCUGUCCAGAAGCUUUUUAAUCAAUGGGAAGCCAUAGAUUCUGAGCAGCCUACUGGUGCCACAGGGAGUAGAAUGAUUGGAAACUGGAUUCAGACAACUCGUCCAUCAGUAUUGUCAGUAUUGUUUACACUGGAUGGCAGUAUCCCUUCAGGAUUUCAGAUAAAGGUAGCAUGUGGCACUUUCAUAUGAGAGUAGGAAGGCCUUUGAGUCUGACUAUUGCACAUUGCUGCCUACUUUUACAAUGCUAUUCUCUUGCCUGUCUCAGCAGAGUGGAGGUUAUCAUCAUCAUCAUCAUCAUCAUCAUUAUACCCCAUCCAUCUGGCUGGGUUUCCCCAGCCACUCUGGGCAGCUCCCAACAGAAUAUUAAAAGCACAGUAAAACACCAAACAUUAAAAACUUCCCUAAACAGGGCUGCUUUCAGAUGUCUUCUAAAAGUCAGGAGGCACCAGGGUCUCUUUCUCCAGCAACAGGAGGAGAACCCAGCCAUAGAAGCUGUGGCUCCACACUCAGCCUCCUCUGCCCCCUGAACAUUGGGGGAGGGUCUCUUCCUCAGCCAAAUUAUUAGCCAGGGCCCAAAAGAGCUCAGCAAGUUUGCGUGUUUGCCCUACAUGCCUUCUAAAAACGUGGGAACCAGCUGUCACUACUCCACGGUGAGGGGAAUGUGUGUUCUGUGCAUGCUCAGAGGCACUUCUGUUCCCAUGAAUACACAUUGCAAUUUGAGGGCUGAGCCUUAACGUGAAAGCACAACCAAGGUUUAACUCUGGUAAGCCUUUUAUCAAAUUAAGUCCUGUUUGCUUCUCUCUUAGGACCAGUUUCCUCCUGAGCACAGUGAUACAUUGGUAGAAAAUGUAUGUUUGCACAGACAGCAAGAAAGAAAUGUCAGCUGUCUUGGAUCCUGAACUAUCAGGGACUUCACUUUUGGAUUUUCUCUGCAAAUCCCUCCUCUCCUGCAUACAGUGUUUUCUUUUUCUCUCCCUUUGCCCCAAUAGACUGGAACUGAAAUGGUCAAAAAUUGAAAUGGAACAGGAUGUUUAUGAAGUUUGCGAAAAUGUGGAGGCGCUGCCUUUGAGGAUCACCCGAUCAGGGUACAUCACAGAUUCUGCCUUUGUUGCAGUGAAGGUAACGUCGUCAUAAAAGGAACUGAAAAUAAAGCAUAGUUUAAGGAUGUUGAAGGAUUUGCAAAGUGCUAGUUUGCAAAGUGCAGUCCUUCACAAGACUUCUCAGAAUAAGUCCAACUGACCUACCUUGUGUCGAAAGAACUACACUGCUCAAGCUUUUGGGGUGCAGUUUUAUUCCCUAAACCAAAUGGUGGGUUGUUGUUUUUUGGCUGCUACCUACUUUAAUGUUGGUCCCUGCCAUUAAAACAAAAUGAAUUACUACGCUCGUCUCAAAAGCUUGGUAGCAUUUAUAACACACACAAUAAAAAUCACCCUUUGUGUAGCAUGGGAGACUUACACCACUGGUUUUAAGGGAAUAGUAAUGCACACAUGCACACACACACACACACACAACUCCAUGCCCUCCAUCAUUUCUAGGAUGAAAAUAGGGACGUCCCAUUCCAUAAACCCCACACAUUUCAUUUGGUUGCUCUAGCCACUCUGGGCAGUUUCCAAUAUACAGUGGUACCUCGGGUUACAUACGCUUCAGGUUACAGACUCCGCUAACCCGGAAAUAGUGCUUCAGGUUAAGAACUUUGCUUCAGGAUGAGAACAGAAAUCGUGCUCCGGCAGCGCGGUAGCAGCGGGAGGCCCCAUUAGCUAAAGUGGUACUUCAGGUUAAGAACAGUUUCAGGUUAAGUACGCACCUCCGGAACGAAUUAAGUACUUAACCAGAGGUACCACUGUAUAUAAAAACAUAGCAAAAUAUUAAAUGUUUUUUUAAAAACCUUCCCUAUACAGGAUUGCUUGCAGACACUCUAGGGUUGGAUAACUCCAUCCCCUCCAACAUUUCUCCGAUGAAAAGUGGGAUCAAAUUCUCCUAAGGAAAAGUGGGAUCAAAUUAGAAACUGGGAUAGCUUCUCUAAAUCAGGGACGUCCCUGCAAAAUAGGUCCACUUGGAGGGUCUGACACAUUGAUAUCACAGACAAGAUACAUUGCCCACAACAGUCAUUGAUUGAAUACUACUGUAUGCAAGAGGUUGUCACAACAUUUUGGAUUGCUUCAUCAGCAUAUUAAAUGUACAUACAAACAUGCAUGAAAAACGAGGGGGGAAAUUUCAACUCGUGUUAACUGUUUACCACUUCUAGCGCCCGCCGCAUUCUUCACCCCAUGUGGCAUUUUAUGUGUCACUUCUUGCAUCUUGAUGACUCAACAGAAAAAUGCCCACCAUUUUGAAACCUCUUUUAGACUCUCUAAACUCCAUCUACUCUUCGGGUACAUAGAGGGAGGAUUUUUUUGUGGGUUUGAACUGACCUUUAACUUGCUGUAAUGAAACACUGUAGACAAAUUGCAUUGACUUAAGAAUUUGUCUGGAGACUUUGUUGAUAAAGACUUCUCUGCUAGACCAUGGCAUUAAGCAUAAUGGCAUACUUACCUUCCUAGGAAAAGUGUUUCCCCUUUCUGAGAUAAGGUCUGGUCUUAGUUAGAAACUGAACAAAUCUUUGGGUUAUUGCAGACUCAUAUACUGUAACUAUAGCAUGUGUAAUGCUAGUCAAUGCAUGAAGGAAUUAAUACCAUAGAUCUGUAUUGCUAGACUCAGCUAGGUCACACCUCUCACCUGGAAGGAACUCAAUGAGAUUGGACAUGCCUGAGGCUGCUUGCUACAAUCUCCAACCGCAUGCUUAGAGCUAUUUCAUCUUGUAGCCCAAGAUUUCUGCCUGUGUUUACUUGCUGCUACAUGAAUAAAUGCAUGAACUUGAAUUUUGGAACUGUGUAAGUAAAGCAUUUUUAAACUUACUAAGGUGUGUAGUCUGUUCAAGGGUAGAAACAGGGAAGCUCCAGUCGCAGAUUAAAUGGGGCAUUAAAAGUGUAACAGCCUAAAUCCCCACACUACACUGCUGCUUAUUUUUGUGACUUUUUUAACUCUGCCAGGGGCUCUCUCUGGCCAGAGAGUGCAUUUAGGUGUGUGCUUUGGUUCUAGAGAUCCAGCUAAGUCUUUGUUUCAGCCCCUCAUACUGUGCAUUUUCUGUGCAUUUUCUACCUUAGAUCAAUGAAGUAACUGCUUCAUCAGGAAAGGAUUUUACUGCGGCUCCUUCUAAACUUAUUCAGUUUGAUCCAGGUAAGCUCUGCCUCGGAGGGCAGUAACUUGAAAAUUAAUUUAUUUAUUGAAAGUGGUGAACAGGUAGUGUGAUAUAAACUGACAUUCAGUGCAGACAAAACAGAGAUACUGUGGUGAGAGGAGGGUUUCACCCUGUCUUAAUGAGGAUGCAAUGCCCCUUAAGAAGUGGGUCCUCAAGCCAUUAGAGCCAGUCCCCUGGCUUUUUAUUGUAUUCUAUGUUGACAUUUUUCAAUAAAAAUUGAAUGCAGGUGGCGCUGUGGGUUAAACCACAGAGUCUAGGGCUUUCUGAUCAGAAGGUCGGCGGUUCGAAUCCCCGCAACGGGGUGAGCUCCCUGCUCCUGCCAACCUAGCAGUUCAAAAGCACAUCAAAGUGCAAGUAGAUAAAUAGGUACCGCUCCAGCGGGAAGGUAAAUGGCGUUUCCGUGCGCUGCUCUGGUUCACCAGAAGUGGCUUAGUCAUGCUGGCCACAUGACCCGGAAGCUGUACGCUGGCUCCCUUGGCCAAUAAAGCGAGAUGAGCGCCACAACCUCAGAGUCAUCCACAACUGGACCUAAUGGUCAGGGGUCCCUUUACCUUUACCUAUGUUGACAUUUUUCAAUAGAAAUUGCUUACAAAAAAAGAAAAUGUUUCUUGCCAUUGAGUUUCUUAACUUUUCAAUAUCUUCUCAUUUGUCCAGAUGUUUAAGUCAUUAUUGAUAUGUGUCUGUGUGUUCUUUACUGGCUGAUUUUACGUGGUUUUAACAUGUACCUCUUGUUAAGAGUUCUGCCAUUUUAAUGUUUUACCGUUGGUAACUGGUUGUUUUAAUGAACUGUUUUUAACCGCUUGCCGCUCUGGGAAGCAUUCAGGGUCGGAGAGCAGGAGAUAUAAUUAAAAUUACAGCUUAGCUUAUAUAUAAACUGUUCCAUCCAAGGCUGUGCACACCCACACAUUUAAACUACAGUUCCCAGGAUUCUUUGGGGGAAGUAAUGUGCUUUUAAAUACAUGGUGUGGAUGCAGCCUAUACAGAGGCUGAAAUCAUUGCAUGUACAAAUUGUCUUAAGGGGAAACAGGGUCCCUGUAUGUUCCUUUCAUUUCUGUGACUGCCCACAAAGGGGACGAACAUUCUUGUGGGAAGAUUAUUGUAUGAACGGCUGCUGUAACACAUAUAAGUGAUACUCCACACGAACCUGCUCCAUGACAUAGAACAUUUGUGCCAGCGUAGCACCUUUCUGGAGCAUGGGCACUGGAAUUUGGUCUUUCCCUGUGGUCAGUCCAUGCUCUGAGAUGCUCACAAUAAACUAUGGUACCUUUGCAGAGCCCAGUCAGGGUUUAAUGGUCCAGGAGGGUGGUAAGCAUUGUCCUUUGCUUUUAACUUCCAGAGCUGUAGUCUGCCAGCUUCUCCUUCAAGGUUGUGUGAGAAGUUUUGCCGCUCUCGCCAAGGCUCUUCCCCUCCCCCCCUUUUUUUUGCUUCCUUUGAAAUUCCUCUGAUCUUUUGCCCAGGCGAGAACCUCAGAAUUGGCUUUGCAAUUUUGCACGAUGCGAAAUUCAGUGGCGAUCAUGGUGUUAUACCCUCCGACAGAUGUUUGCUUCCAUCAAAACUCCUUGGACCUUUUACCUAACAGAAACCUCCAGUUUUGCCUCAGUAUUAGUGGCAACUCCGAUUCCCAUCUCAAUCUUCCUCCUGUGUGAUUUUCAGAUGCGGCUAUAUGCCACACUAGUUACCUUAGUUCAUAGACAGUGCGAUGCCAACAAAUUAUGUGGUAUUUGCAAUGAAGACUCCAGCUUUGCAACAAAGUACUUGACGCUGAAAACAGAACUAGUCGUGGAUGAUUGAUAAUGACAAUAUUUCAAAACAAUAGUGGAUUCUCUGUAAUUAAGAUUUCAAGAUGAGGAGCACUUUUUAUUUCUUUUUAAAAUUUACAUGACGAUCCGGCCCUUCCCCCUGAACUGCCUGCUAUUAUUUCCCACUCUAUAGAAAACAGAUCUUUGUUACUGUGUGAAUGGAAUCAUCAUUGCUCAGGAACAAAUUUGGUCUCUAGUUAGUGUUAUUUGGAAAAACCACAGGAGUCCAAUCAGUGGGCAGGAGCACAAUGGUACGUACAAGCUAGUCUCUUGUAGCCGUAGACAUGUUAAUUAAUAUAUUUCUUCGACACCUAGGUUGAUUGAAAAAGCAAUUAAAGUGUAAUUAAAAUGUUUACUUCUGGUAGGGAUGUCAACCAAGAUGUGGAAUAUAGCAAUUACCUAUGACGGAUUAGAGGAAGACGAUGAGGUCUUUGAAGUGGUUCUCAUCUCUCCUGUGAAUGCUGUUCUUGGCAGUAGGACAAAAGCUGCAGUGAAAAUUUUGGACUCAAAAGGAGGUAUUCUCUUUUGAUCUUCUUAAUAAAAUCUGGACCAAUCUUGGCUGAUAAGCGACUUAUUUUUCAACACAUAAUUGUUGUUGCUAACACUUACCUUCAGAUCAAAAUGCUUCAUGUUUUUAUUUAAAAAAAGAAAAUAGCCUUGACAGUUUCAAACCUUUCCUCCUCUGGCAAUGUCUAUUCUUCUUCUGCUUAGGAAGCACAGCUUGAAGGAAUCAACGAGAGCAAGAGGGGAAAACAGCACUCCCCCUCUCCCCUCAAAAAGAGCUUUUCCUAAUGGAUGAGUUUGAUUUUUGGCUUGCAGCAUUGCUUUCAUGAGAAGCCCCUCUUGAGGAACUAGUGAAGCUUCCCCCCCACACACACACUUUUCUAUUAACUAUAGAACUUUUUCACUUCUUGGACAGGCAGUGUACUCACGGGAAGUCCCUAAUUACUAUCAUAUCUUUCUUAAAGGCCAUAUCGUUAAUAUAAAAAAACACACAUUUGCUUAAUGUACUUUAAAACAAAUGGCUGAUUUUUAAAAGAAGAAUUGCUGGGACUCAUCAUGGUGUUGUUGUUUUUUUUUUAAAAAGAUCCUGAAAUAUUUGCACUCCGGUUGAGCAAGGGAGAUCCAAUGUGCAGAAACAAGUGUCUGUAAACAGUUUCUUUUGCGUGGCUGGUAAUCUUGAUCUUGUGUUGCAUCUAAUUGUGCAUCUACAUCAUGUGAAGCAUUUGAACGCAAGAUGUGCACUGUGGUUCCCAUUUGCACUUCAGAGUGGGGACAGGGUUGUGUUGUGCCAUCUGUAUUUUAAGCGGGGUGGGAAUGCAAAUUCCUAUCCACUGACUCAGACCUGUAGUUAUGUACCCACAACUCUAGCAGGAUUAGGGGCACAUUAGCUGAAGCUCAACAACUCUGAAGCAUGGGCUUUGUUUUGUGCAUGAGACUAUAUUACGGGCCCAUUCCAUCUCCUUGCCUGACUGAAGACCAUUUGUCUAUGGCAGAGGGAAUCUGCCAUACUCUUCCCUGAGAUGUAGAAACCCCUUCCAAACUACAGUGGUACCUUGGGUUAAGAACUUAAUUCGUUCUGGAUGUCCGUUCUUAACCUGAAACUGUUCUUAACCUGAAGCACCACUUUAGCUAAUGGGGCCUCCUGCUGCCGCCGUGCCACCCCACGCGAUUUCUGUUCUUAUCCUGAAGCAAAGUUCUUAACCCAAGAUACUAUUUCUGGGUUAGGGGAGUCUGUAACCUGAAGCGUCAGUAACCUGAGGUACCACUGUAUUUGUGAAUGGCACCCGGAAUGUAGGCUAGGGGUGAGGAACCUUUUCACAUUGCCUUUGGAGCAACCUUUUGAGAGUCGCAUGCCAAUGGUGAGCAGGGUUGGGGCAAAAAUAGUCGAAACAACAAAUGUAAAUUUUAACUUUGUACAGCAGGCUAGUUCCACACACACACACACACACACACACACACACACUCCUGCUUCCCUGACAAGGAGGAGGCAUUGUUGGAAUUCAAGGUCACAUUCCAGCUAGACAAAACCAUGGGGCAGGGCUGGUGAGGGGGUAUGGCCAGGAGGAAGUGCCAAGCUCCAGACAGAGAGGCACGGGAACCUAGUUAUUCAGGUAGAGAGGCUAUAAAAACCUGGUAAUUCCAGGUCACCUUUCCUAACAGUAAAGCUAGCUUUGAGGCCCUGAACAGUUUCGGUGGAUACCUUUAUUGAUAAGCUAUUUUAAAUAUGUCUUAAUGCAUUUUUAUCUUGUUGUGUAUGCCACCUUGUGGAUGCUAUGCCCUAAAAAGCAGCCUUGACUAUAUGUAAACCCAGGUAUUGCAGGUUCAGUUCGAAGAGAGAGUGUGGUGUCAUGUUUAAAGGUACUUGGACUAAGACAGGGCUGGGAAACAUCUGGUCCAUGAGCCAAAAUCACCAGGUAAAGGCAGAUAAUUAGAAGAAGUUGUUUACUAUUUGUACCCCACCCAUCUGACUGGGUUGCCUCAGCCACUCUGGGUGGCUUCUAACAAAUAUAAAAGCAUAAUAAAACAUCAAACAUUAAAAAACUUCCCUCUACAGGGCUGUUUUCAGAUGCCUAUGGAAUGUCAUAUAAUUAUUGAUCUCUUUGACAUCUGAUGGGAGAGCGUUCCAUAGAGUAGGUGCCACUACUGAGAAGGCCCUCUGCCUGGUUUCCUGUAGCCUCACUUCUCACAAUGAGGGAACCGCCAGAAGGCCCUCAGAGCUGGACCUCAGUGUCUGGGCUGAACAAUGAGGGUGGAGAUGUUCCUUCAGGUGUACAGGGCCAAGACCGUUUCAAAGGGCUUUAAAGGUCAGCACCCAGACAUUGAAUUGUGCUCAAAAACAUACUGGGAGCCAGUGUACUGGGAGAUUUUGGUUCAACUUCCUGCUGAGGCCAUGGAGCUCACUGGAUGACCUUGGAUAUGUCAGACACUCUGAACCUGACUUACCUCAUAGGGUUCUAUAAGGAUAAAAUGGGGAGGGCAACCCCUGAGCGAUUGAUGUGCACAGUGGCCUUGCAGUCAAACAAAGUCAAGUACACUCAGAGGGAGAAGAAUAAGUGGCCUUUGCUCCACCAUGGAAACCUGAUUCUGGUCUAUGUGCGUAUGGAAUUUAAGAAACAAAGGAUGUUGUUGUUGUUGUUGCUUAAAAAUAACUUCCUCAGAACUUCUAAAAUUCCUUUUAAGUUGGCAGAUAAAGUUCAGAAACAAGGACUAGUUAAGAAAAGAAAAACAACAAAUCAACAUCAGAUGAAAAAUCAUCUUACUCCUAAUGACAAGCUGUUUCAUCGCCCACAUCAAUGUGACCAGCUAUCUGUUUUAUAUAAAAAGAACUGACCAUCUGCCAUCUUGUUUGCUUUCAGGUCAGUGCAGCUCAUUCCACUCCUCAAGCCAAAACAUUCACAACUUAUGGAUGAAAGGAACAUUGCUUCCAGGCCCCUCUUCAUCUUCCAGGCAUGGCACUGUUCAUUUGGAAGGGAUCCCAUUGCCCGCUUCCAAAGAGAUGGUAGUGCAGAGAAGGGACAAAUUACCAGAAUUCAACUCGGUGAAUCUUGCAAGGAGCCGGCUAAGAGCCCUUGGAAAUGGCAAAAUAGUAAGGAUUGCUUCUCAAACAGUGGGAGGAUACAAUUAUUCCAAAGUUGGUGUGUGUUUGUGUGUAUGUACUUCUGUAUGAAUAUCUCACGUGAUUUAAUGAUUCUUUUUGAACUGAGCACUGAUUAGGUUGGCAACAGUCAGAGACGACAGUCAAGAGCAGUAAAGGUUUUGUGAUUGGGACACUCUUGGCCUUGGUGUACCCAUUUAGUUUGUCUUGCUACGGGUCAAACAGAUGUUGCUGGAGUUGGGUUUUUUAAAAAAAGAAUUGCAAAGUCUGAAAAACCGAAGAUGUCAGUGCAAUUGACAUGCACAUCAUAUGACAUGAUGCUUCUGCCAUGUCACCUUCAUGUCUUUAGGAAAUUUAAAGUCUUGUUGUGGGAAGAAAGAAGCUAGUGAGCAAAAUCCAUUCUAGAUAAGGCUAUCUUCAAAUUUUCUAUGCAGAUGUUUCCUGGGGUUUGGGGAUCUACAUAAUGGCCACCUGGGGUCCAAAUUUUCCCACAACCAUAUUUAACUAGCUGCCUGGCAUUGCUUGGGAUUUCUAAGAAAUUUUGAAAUCAGAGGUGAAAAUUGCUGCAUGAUUUUGAAAGGUUCGGUCUGUCACCUUGAUUCAAAGUGGCAACCUAGAGUUGAGUCUGGCAACAAUAUAUUGAGGAGCAUCCGACCUAUGGAGGCCAGACAGCCAGACAAACCACUUUCCAAACUACAGUAUAUAGUAGAUGUGGGGAUUAUUAAAAGCCUGCCUUUGCAAUGAGAAAUUGCUCCCAAGUGAUAACAGAUUACAAAACUAACAAAUUGGAGACAGGAUGUUUAAGUGUUAUGGAAUUGUAAGAAUCACCAUCCUCACCACCCCUGCUUUUGGAGUUUGGAAUAUUCCCUAGGUCAGACUGGUUAAUACCCAAACGAGGUUGAGUUUCUUAUGUCUUACUUAACCUUUUACUUAACCUGGAUGUGUUUGUUCUACAGGUAUUUCUCUAGAGGACUGCAAAUAUUUGUGGCACAAUUUGCCCUUCUUAGCUCUAUAUGGAGCUAUAUGGGUAGAAGUUCUACUGUAGAACCUCCUGUGAUCUAUGGACUGAUUGGCAUUAUGUGAGGUAGAUGAAUUAUUAGUCAGCCUUAGAUAGAUAUAGAUAGAUGAUAGAUAGAUAGAUAGAUAGAUAGAUAGAUAGAUAGAUAGAUAGAUGAUAUAGACACUCAGGUUGUCACCUCCACUCCCGCCAUCUCACUAAAGUAGAAAAAAUUGUAUUUUGCUUUCUUUAUUAAGAGAUGCUGUGAACAUUCGAUCUUCUUUUCCUUCCAGGUUCGUUCUUCUUUCACUUUUAGAAAUGGCACUGGCGUCUUUUUUAAAGUAAGAACAUGAUUUUGCAGCAACAUACACCUUUAAUUCUUCUUUUGUUAUAUCUUACCUGUAUACAGUAUACAACCUGAUUAGUGAUAGUGACUGAGUUUUUAAAGUUAUAUUGCAUUUUAAAGUCCUAUUCCAUUUUACCCUUUUUCCUUUUGGACUAAAAUUGCACACGAUGGUAAUGUUUUUAAAAAGGCUCUGCCACUAAUCAGGUCUGAGACAAGAUGGAGGUGAGAAGUGCAGGCCCAGUUUUAGCUCUUUUAAGAGCAAACAUGGUACAGUGGUACCUUGGGUUAAGUACUUAAUUCGUUCCGGUGGUCUGUUCUUAACCUGAAACUGUUCUUAACCUGAAGCACCACUUUAGCUAAUGGGGCCUCCUGCUGCCGCCGCGCCGCCGGAGCCCGGUUUCUGUUCUCAUCUUGAAGCAAAGUUCUUAACCCAAGGUAAUAUUUCUGGGUUAGCGGAGUCUGUAACCUGAAGCGUAUGCAACCUGAAGCCUAUGUAACCCGAGGUACCACUGUAUUAUUAGAAGGGCAGGUAUGUUCUCCCUCCCCAGCUCCUAUACCCAAACAACCCUUCCUUCAGAUGAUUUUCUUCCAGUGAGAAGUGAAUAUAGUUGAUAGAAAAAUGACGUCAUGGUAGACCACCAGGGUGAGGAGUUUAGCAACUCCAUUUGCAUGCUCUUCUUAAAAUUGGGCCCUCACUCCAUUUUAUACAUGAUUUGGGACAAACCCAGUUUAAAGAUGUGAUUGAACUGUUGUCAUGUGUAAUUCGAGCCUUAAAGACAGCUUGUAUUUAAAAACUCUCUUUUAAGUUCUGUGACCAAUACAACUUUGGAGCUGACUAGUGAGGAAUUAUCCUUUCUCUCCAUCUGCUUUUGUUGUUUGUUUGUUUGUUUGUUUGGUCAUUCUUUCUCAAGUACCAUGGAAUGGCAGUGCUCAGAGUGGAGGAUGACAACCCAUUGCCUAUCAAAAACGAGAUGGCAGCCACGUCAGUAAUUAACCAAAGAGAGCCAAGGAAAAAUAUGGCUCCCCUCAAGAAAAUGGAAGUUCCGCAAGCGGACUCUAGCAUUCCGGUAUCUUCUGUUCCCUGUUUGUUUGUGCACUGUAUUCUGAAAACGUUUUAAACCCAAAAGAUGAAUAUUUAAAGUGACAUUAAACUCACUCACACACACACACACACACACUGUGUGUGUGUGUAUAUAUGGGUGGGUGGGUGGGUGGGUGUGGGUGUGUAUAUAUCUUCUGAAAACAAAUUGUUCAGCUUAAGAAAACAGUAAAAGCAGUAAAGUUGUGAAGAAUAUUCCAAGGACGUUCCUGAAAGACCUGAAUCACAAAUCUUCAUUGAUUUAUUCAGGGAUGUCAUAUUUGAGAUUGCACAAACAUCUAUCAGCAAAAAUCUGUCCGGCACAAUGUUUUUAAAAAGCUAUGCAGAACGUUAGCAUUAGAAAUGCAAGAGACUGCCUUGCAGUGCUGGAGACGGAGACUACAAUAAAAAUAAAAAUUGAUUGCUUUGUCUUUUUUUUUUUUGCCAAAAAUCCAUUUCUUUUUCAGGUCCAGAGCCUUUCCUUUCCAAACAGAUGCACGCCAGAUUUGAAGGGUCUCUUGCACUUUGAAGGAAUCACUCAGAAGAUGUUUCAGUGUGAUGGUCAUUCCUGGACUCUGUGGAGUAAUGCAGACCAGGUAGAAAUCUGCUGGAUGAAUGUUUAUUUUCAAAAAAAGGAAAAUAAAAUAAAUAAAACACAAACUUUAAAUUUGUCUCAAAGUAGCCAGUUUUCAGCAAAUCAAAAGCAGGAUUGUAGAAGCAGACAGAUAUAUAUAUAUAAACUGAUUUAAUGGAUCUGUUUGGUCAUGGUUCCCUUGUCCCUCUGUUGUACUAGGGCUGCAUGUGCACCAUACAUUUAAAGCACACAAACCCCACAUAAAGACCCCUGACAACUGUAGUUUGUUAAUGGUACUGGGAAUUGUAGCUCUGUGGUGGGUAAACUACAGUUCCCAAGAUUCUUUGGGUGAAUAAAUGCUUGCCCAGCCACAGUCUUGCUGUCACCUACCUCACCCAAGUCCCAUCCUGACAGCAGUGUCAGGAGGGCAACUUCAUGGCUCUACCCCAUGUGACAGUUACCUCCAGCCUUGAUUAUUGUAACUCUGUCUACGUGGGGCUGCCCUUGAGACUGACCCAGAAACUCCAGCGGGUGCAGAAUGCCGCAGUGAGACUCCUUACGGGGACCUCGCCACUGGAUCACAUUCACCUGUUGCUAUACCAGCUGCACUGGCUCCCGGUGGAGUACAGGAUCAGGUUUAAGGUGCUGGUUUUAACCUUUAAAGCCCUAUAUGGCCUAGGACCCUCGUGCCUACGGGACCGCCUCUCCUGGUAUGACCCACGGAGGACCUUACAGUCUUCAAAUAAAAACAUCUUGGAGGUCCCGGGCCACAGGGAGGUUAGGCUGGCCUCAACCAGAGCCAGGGCUUUUUCGGCUGUGGCCCUGAUCUGGUGGAAUGCUCUGUCACAAGAGACUAGGGCCCUGCGGGACUUGACAUCUAUUCGCAAGGCCUGAAAGAUAGAGCUGUUUCACCAGGCCUUUGGCCAAGGCACAGUCUAACCCCCUCCUUUGGUAAUCCUUAAAGAACUCUAGCCCAAUGGUUGACAUUAAUUUGAUUUUGAAUUGAUUUUAGAAUGAAUUGAUUUUAGAAUGCUGUGUUACUUUUAUUGUUGUUAGCCACUCUGAGCCCGGCUUCAGCUGGGGAGGGCGGGAUAUAAAUAAAUUAUUAUUAUUAUUAUUAUUAUUAUUAUUAUUAUUAUCUCUAGGGUCACUGCUGCAGCAUUCAAGAAUAUAUUUCAGGGGGUUAGACUAGGUGUCCCUUUCAACUCUAUGAUUCUGUUGUUGUUACUUGGGAAAGCAAGCAGUGGUUCAGGACAGAGGGGCUCAUGGCAAAAGCUGGAGGAGGUUGAACCCUCCAGCUGAUAUCCAAAUGCCAUUUGGGGAGCAGCGGGGUCCAGAUUCUCUGAAUUCUCUGAGCUAGCUCAGCUUCCAAAGGACACUUCUUUCAGAAGAUGGGAACAUGGAAGGAAAUAAUACUGAAAUAAGACCAUCUAAUUCUAGGGUGUUAAUGUGAUUACCUGCCCUCCCGGUUGGACCCAUCAUGAUGGAACCUGCUACAUCCUAAUCACCGAUCCAAAAGUCACGUGGACCGUAGCUGCCCGGGAUUGCAGGGAACAGUAAGGAGCUCUUAUAUAUGUGUUCCCUGCUGUUGAAUGUCCCAUCCUGCGUGUUACUGUAGAAAUGAUACUCUUGCCAGUAAAAGAUAAUACUAAAGUUAGAUCUGUUUUUCCAAAGGUUUAGGGAGGAUGCGAGGGAUUUCAGUGUAGAGGGUAGGUGGUUAAACCCCUGUUCCAAAGUUCUCUUUGCAGUUGGUUUGAUCAAAGCCAUUACAGCUUAAGCAUAGUUUCACACACACACACACACACACACACACACACCCUUUGUUUAACCAAAUGUAGAUAUCAGUACCUCUGGAUUGUAAAUAGAACCUUAUACAGUGGUACCUCAGGUUACAGAAACUUCAAGUUACAGAUACUUCAGGUUAUAGACUCCGCUAACCCAGAAAUAGUACCUCGGGUUAAGAACUUUGCUUCAGGAUGAGAACAGAAAUCAUGCUGCGGCAGCAGGAGGCCCCAUUAGCUAAAGUGGUACCUCAGGUUAAGAACAGUUUCAGGUUAAGAACGGGCCUCUGGAACAAAUUAAGUUCUUAACUCGAGGUACCACUGUGACAUGUACAUCACAGCUUGUCUCACAAUACAGUGGAAGCUUGGUUUUCAAACAUAAUCCAUUCCGGAAGACUGUUCGACUUCCAAAAUGUUCAAAAACCAAAGCAGGCAUUUCCGGAAGCAUUUACAUCCAGAAAACUCAAUACAGAAGCCGCGUGGCACGUUCUGCUUCUGAAAAGCAUUCAAAAAUGUCCGGGUUUUCGGCAUUUGAAACCCGAAACGUUUGACUUCUGAGAUGUCUGAAAACCGAGGUUCCUUUUCUCAGCAUGCUUUCCCAAUAUUUUCCCCCCAAAAAAGGGUUUUAGUGACUCUCAGUUUUUACGUUCAUUAUCCAUAUGCUCGUUGAGAUAUAGUAACCGUACAUUGCCCCUUUAUCAGCAGAACGGAUGCUUCUUCUGGAUAGCUCAGUUGGUUAGAGUGUGGUGCUGAUAAUGCCAGGGUUGCAGGAUCGAUUCCCAUAUGGCGUAGCUGAAUAUUCCUGCAUUGCAGGGGGUUGGAUUAGAUAAUCCUCAGGGUCCCAACUCUAUAAGUCUAUGAUUCUGAGUCUAAAAAUCCCUCUCUCCUUUGCUGAGCUUAGGUAUCAUGGCAGUUUAGUAAGUGUGGCUUCUAAAACACACAUGCAGUGGCUGUGGGACUUCAGUGGAAGAAGACCCUUCUGGACAGGUAGGUAUACGGUACAACAAACUGUCUACUCUUCAGCCUCUGGCCCACAUUUCCCUCAAAAUAUAUGGCACCAAGGUUGACAUUUUUUUCCUCUCCUGGUCUUUAGGAUGGUAAUUUCCAAAUACCAUUCUUUCAAAACAUUUCCCUGCUUAAAUUAUCUUUGCUGCUGUUGUGCAGAAGGUGAAUUUCUGGUCUUCCAGGUUUCUGGCACUGAACUUCCAAGCUCACCAGCUCUGUCCUUGGAGCUCUUCAAUGGUUUGGCCAUUCUCCCAGCCAGCUUCAUUCUUCUGGAGCUUUUCCCUCCUGCCCUAAGAGCUCAUGGCUCAGCUUCAUAUGGCUCAGGAUCUAACGGGGAGCAGGCCUUAACCAGAUGGCUUCACAGACCUGGCCAAGGGUCAGUAGCUGUAGCCAGUUGUUGUAGUUCCCUAUUACAGGUACUAAAUCUACACUUACAGCAACUUUUCCUAUCCUAUUUCCCCUGUUAGUUUUAUGAUUUAAAUUGGAGUUUGUUUUUACAAGAAAGCUCCCCCAAUGUAUAACCCGUUCUUUGGAUUUGCAAGCACACCAUACAUUUGAAACACAUUCAAAUUACCCAUCCACCUAGAAUCCUGGGAAUUGCCAUUUAUCUCCCACAAAGCUACAAUUCCCAUCACCUUUAACAAAUGACCAUUCCCAGGAUUCUGUGAAUGUGCUUUAAAUGUAUGGUUAAACCACAGAGCCUUGGACUUGCCAAUCAGAAGGUCGGCGGUUCGAAUCCCCGCGAUGGAGUGAUCUCCCGUUGCUCGGUCCCUGCUCCUGCCAACCUAGCAGUUCGAAAGCACAUCAAAGUCCAAGUAGAUAAAUAGGUACCACUCUGGUGGGAAGGUAAACGGCAUUUCCGUGUGCUGCUCUGGUUCUCCAGAAGCGGCUCAUUCAUGCUGGCCACACAACCUGGAAGCUGUACACCGGCUCCCUCGGCCAAUAAAGCGAGAUGAGUGCCGCAACCCCAGAGUCGGCCAUGACUGGACAUAAUGGUCAGGGGUCCCUUUACCUUUUACCUUUAUGUAUACCCUUCUACAUUUCUCCAAUGAAAAUAGGGGCAUCCUAUUUAAUAAUAAUACCCCACUCAUCUGCUGGGUUGCCCCAGCCACUCUGGGUGACUUCCAACAUAUAUAAACCAUAAUAAAGCGUUAAAUAUUUUUUUAAACUUGUUUUUAUAAAGGGCUACCUUCAGAUGUCUUCUAAAGGUUGUAUAGGUCCCUAUCUGCUUAGCUUGGGGGGGGGGGGGUAACUGCCUACCCUCCAACAUUUCUCCAAUGAAAAUAGCAGCAUCCUAAGGAAAAGCAAGACAUUCCAGGUUCAAUUCAGAAACGAGGACAGUUUUUGUAAAUUUGGAACUGGAAAUAGGGACACUUGGAGGGUCGGGGCAUGUAUGCAGCCUAAGAAUAUUUGUGAGAGACCGGUCAGGUUGUUCUGAACACUUUGUCAAUUAUAUGACGGUCAACUUGCACAUCUGAAUUUGUUACAGGCUUCAACGACAGAAGAAAUCCAGGCCAGUUCAGAUGGAACAAUGGAGACCGUGUUGCUUUCACGAAUUGGGGGAAAGAGCCGUCACGUCUUUCAAAGAAAGGAAAGAACUGUGUUUUAGUACAGCAGCGGGGGAAAUGGCAAAGACAGAACUGCAAGAAGGGCAAAGGACACAAUUAUAUAUGCUCUAGGAAACUGUAAAGACAGCUGAUGCAAACCUCAUCAUGUAUAAAAAUAGAUAUAUUUAUUUAUAGCCAGGGGUGCUGAAAGGGCAUGAAGGUAGGGAGUCAGGUGACCUAUUUGUAAUAGGUUUUUAUACGAAGGGGUUAAAAAAUGAUAGGGGGAAAUGUUACACUGUGACUGAUCUCUUUUGUGGUAUAUCGAGUAUGAUUGAAGAACAAGCCUUGUUCGCCCCAGAGUUAUUUUCUAUCAAGACUCUUCCAAGACAUAUAAAAUAUGAAACAGCUAGAGAAGUUGGCAGAGGUUGAGUUUUUUUAUAUUAAGCCAUAUGUUACUUGCCUUGCCUUUCCUGAACUGGGUACUCUACCCCUCACAACACUGCAAUUGUUUGGUUUUGAAAGGGAAACAGCCAUGGGCAUAGCCAGGAUUUUGGGGAGGGGGACAGAACCUCAGAUUUGUAUUGAUUUUGAUUGAUAUUUUUCCUCUCCCUCCCCCUUGGCUACGCCCAUGGAAACAGCCAGCAUUCUGUUGGUCAAAGUUUAUAAAAGAUGCAUAAUAGUGGCUACAGAAAUUUUGGAGCUUUAAGUAAAAAAAGAAAAGAAAUCAAAAUUACUUCCCUUCCCCUUCACACAUUUUUAUCGACACACAGAGAGGAAAUAUGGAAGUGGGAACAUGGUGAACUCUUUCGAAUGAUGGUUUCGUGUUGCUAUGUUAUGAUAAUAUGCCCAAAGCUGUAAUACUUCUGUGAGAUUUUAAAAGUUUACAUUAUGAUGGUAACCGAAACUAAAGUACACACAGCCGCUCUUCUGUUUCAAGUGGCACAUGGAGAGAACUCCAAUGGUAAGCCAGCAAUAUCAUUAUAAGUAGGGACGCAGGUGGCGCUGUGGUCUAAACCACUGAGCCUCUUGGGCCUGCUGAUCAGGUCGGCAGUUUGAAUCCCCACAAUGGGGAUGAGCUCCCGUUUUUGUGAGCUCCCGUUGCUCUGUCCCAGCUUCUGCCCAACCUAGCAGUUCAAAAGCACGCCAGUGCAAGUAGAUAAAUAGGUACUGCUGUAGCAGGAAGGUAAACAGUGUUUCCAUGCUCUCUGGUUUCUGUCACGGUGUUUCGCUGUGCCAGAAGUGGUUAGUCAUGCUGGCCGCAUGACCCAGAAAGCUGUCUGUGGACAAACGCCGGCUCUCUUGGCCUGAAAGCAAGAUGAGCGCCACAACCCCAUAGUCGCCUUUGACAGGACUUAACCAUCCAGGGGUCCUUUACCUUUUACCUUUUUUACCUAUCAUUAUAAGUGUGACCUGUCAGCUAAGAUGAUUGCAGCAUUAAAGAAUUCCUAGAGAAAUUGUAUUUUUAAAAGAAUAAUCAGUGAUAUGCUGCCCUAAGAACAUAAGAAAAGCUGUGGUAGAUCAGGGCAAUAGCUCACCUGGUCCAGCAUCCUGUUGGCACAGCACUCUCCCCAUCUGUAAUUCCCAAAAGUACUCUCCCUCCCUCUGUGGUAGUAAAGGCAGCCAUCAAUAGCUUUAAAGGUAAAGGUAAAGGGACCCCUGACCAUUAGGUCCAGUCGUGACCGCUUCUGGGGUUGCGGCGCUCAUCUCGCUUUAUUGGCUGAGGGAGCCGGCGUACAGCUUCCAGGUCAUGUGGUCAGCAUAACUAAGCUGCUUCUGGCGAACCAGAGCAGGGCACGGAAAUGCCAUUUACCUUCCCGCCAGAGCAGUACCUAUUUAUCUACUUGCACUUUGACGUGCUUUCAAACUGCUAGGUGGGCAGGAGCAGGGACCGAGCAACAGGAGCUCACCCCAUCGCGGGGAUUCGAACCGCCAACCUUCUGAUUGCCAAGUCCUAGGCUCUGUGGUUUAACCCACAGCGCCACCCGCAUCCCUUAUCAAUAGCUUUACCCUCCAUGAAUCUGCAUAAUCCUCUUUUAAAGCUAUCCCAAGUUCCUGACCAUCAUUACUACCUCACUACCUCUCCCGUGAGUAACUUCCACAGUUUCACUGUGCAUUGGGGGAAAUGUCAAACCCAAAGCUUUGUUUGCUUUCUGUCCUUCACUUGUGGUUUCUCUUCUUGCCUCUGCCGGGCCCCAGCAUGGACAUACAAUGGUGCCUUGGUUCUUGAACGGUUUUGUUGAUAAGCAAAUCAGCUCCCGAACGCCGCAAACCCGGAAGUAAGUGUUACGGUUUGUCGACGUUUUUCAGAAGCCAAAUGUCUGAUGCAGGAAACUCCUGCAGCCAACGGGAAGCACGCCUUGGUUUUCGGUUUGGGGAGUCAAAAGGACUCCUGGAAUGGAUUAAGUUCAAGAACUAAGGUACUGUAGUCUUACUUUUCAAGUGUGGGCCAGGGAAACCUGUUUCUUCGAGCUCUUUAUUUUUCCUCUCUCUGAGCCAUGUCAAUAAUGUGGACUGCAGCAGAGAAGGGAAUUGCCCCUGUAAGAAACACCAAUUGAACUUGGAGGACAAAACUAGGGAAAACACCACCUCCCCAAGAGAGGUAUGACAUGUGUCAAACUCCUAAAGAUGACAUCAUCCUGUUUAGUAGUAAGGACAUUUUACCACGCAUCAGCCGACCAUGCGUUGUACGAUGUAAAAUAAAAUGGUGAUGUGUUAGGAAACUAUUUUGGAACCCUGGCAAUGCAGAAAUGGCCUGAUGAACUGGAACAGGGGAAAAGAGAAGGGCAGGAAACCUUUUUAAAGUUACAGACCCACAGUUCAUCAACAUACAAGCAAGCCUUUAAUAUACAUCUCAAAAGGACUGCAAAUAGUUACCCGAUGCAAAGAGAAUAAUUUCCCAGACAGAAGCGAAAAAUGCCAUGUUAAACUUUGACAUAAAUAAACAUGUAAUAAGAGUCAUAAAAUUACACGCAAUCAUAAAUUCUGUACACAAUUGUUUCUCCUCUUAAGACCGUUGAAAAGAAAAAUUGUUAUUAUUAGAUGUGCACAUUCUUUCCUGAAUGCUCAAGAAAAUGUUGUUUAUCAACAUUGUGGUUUUGUUUUGUUUAAUAAAAGGUGCUAAUCAACUUUUAUACCCCUACACACAGUAUGCAAUAUGUACCAUAAUUUACUGUAAUACUUAGAGUGUUAAUAAAAAAAAUGUUCUUAUAAAUGGAUCUCGACUAUAGAGUUCUAAUCUUUCAACAUUCCAGAGUACUGUAAAUGCUGUUUUGAUACAGAGUCCACUAAACCUAUGAGGUCACACAAUCACUGGCAAAUGUGCUGCUGGAAACUGCAGCAUGGCUGUAAAGUGAGAGGGAUGGACAAUUUGCAAUGGGGGAAGGUGCUUAAUCCUUCCUCUACCAGUCAUAACCCCCCAGCUGGGUUUUCCAGAUGCAUUAUCACCUUGUCAAAUGGACAAAGCAGCUGCAUGGAAGGGGGGGGGGGUUGUAUGGAAAAAAGGAGGCCAGAAAAAGUGCUAAGAACCUUGUUGCUGUUUAGUCGGGUCAGACUCUUCCGUGACCCCAUGGACCAGAGCAUGCCAGGCAUUCCUGUCUUCCACUGCCUCCCACAGUUUGGUCAAACUCAUACUGGUAGCUUCGAGAACACUAUCCAAACAUCUCGUCCUCUGUCAUCCCCUUCUCCUUAUGCCCUCAAUCUUUCCCAACAUCAGGGUCUUUUCCAGGGAGUCUUCUCUUCUCAUGAGGUGGCCAAAGUAUUGGAGCCUCAGCUUCAGGAUCUGUCCUUCCAGUGAUCACUCAGGGCUGAUUUCCUUAAGAAUGGAUAGGUUUGAUCUUCUUGCAGUCUAUGGGACACUCAAGAGUCUCCUCCAGCACCAGAAUUCAAAAGCUAAGAACCUUAACACCCUCUUUUCCAUUACAAAGCCCCUGCUACAUUGCAGUGUAGAAGAAGCAAGUGGUGUGUUCUCAGCCCUCUGUUUCCUACUCCUCUCCAAGGCAUGUUCUCGUAUUCAUAGAAUCGUAGAAUUCUAGAGCUGAAAGGGACCACAAGGGUCAGCCAGUCCAACCCUCUGCAAUGCAGGAAUACAAGUUUUGGGCUACAACCCUUAACUAUGCAGUCCUCUGUGGGUUUAUUCAGAAAUAACUCCCACUGUGUGAAGAACAUAGGCAGAGUUCUGCAUGGAUCAAGCCAAAGGCCCAUCUAGUCCAGCAUUCUGUUCUCAACAGUGGCCAAGUAGAUACCUUAAGGGUACGCUCACAUGCAAAACCUAAGCACACCAGCACUCAUCCUAAUAAUAAUAAUACCCUGCCCAUCUGGCUGGAUUUCCCCAGCCAUUCUGGGUGGCUCCCAACAGAAUAUUAACAAUAAUAAAGCAAUAAAACAUCAAAUAUUAAAAACUUCCCUAAACAGUGCUGCCUUCAGAUGUCUUCUAAAAGUCCUUGACAUCUGAUGGGAGGGGGCAUCCACAGGGCAGGUACCACUACCAAGAAAGCCCUCUGCCUGGUUCCCUGUAACCUCGCUUCUUGCAGUGAGGGAACUGCCAGAAGGCCCUCGGAGCUGGACCUCAGUGUCUGGGCUGAACAAUGGGGGUGGAGAUGCUCCUUCAGGUAUAGUGGGCCGAGGCCGUUUGGUGCUUUAAAGGUUAGCACCAACACUUUGUAUUGUGCUCAGAAACGCACUGGGAGCCAAUGUAGGUCUUUCAGGACCAGUGUUAUGUGGUCUCAGCGGCCACUCCCAGUCACCAGUCUAGCUGCCACUUUCUGGAUUAGUUGUAGUUUCCGAGUCACCUUCAAAGGUAGCCCCACGUAGAGCACAUUGCAUCCAAGUGGGACAUAACCAGAGCAUGCACCACUCUGGUGAGACAGUCCGCAGGCAGGUAGGGUCUCAGCCUGCGUACCAGAUGGAGCUGAUAGACAGCUGCCCACCUGUGAUUCCCCAGCAACUGGUAUUUGAAGGGAUAGUGCCUCUGACAGGGGAGGUUGAACAUAACCAUUGUAGCUAGUAGCUACUGUUAGCUUUAUCCUUCUAAACUUGCUCUUCAGGUCAUCCAAGUUGGUGGGCAUCAAUACCACUUGUGAGAGCAAAUUUCACUGUUUAUGAAGCACUUCCUUCUGAGUGUGGUGGGGCUCCGAGAAGUGCGUGGGAUUGCACCUAAAAAGAUACACAUGCACUUCUGUAGAUAAGAGACACUGCUUCUCGAGCAGCUGGAACCUUGUAAUCUGGUGCUCUCGUAACCCAAAUGAUGUCCAUUAAGAAAUAGAAGACUUUUAUUUUUCCUUCAGAUUGGAGGACUCAAAUGGUUACCCCAAGUCAGGGUUUUCCAAUGCUCCUUGAGGAUUCUGAUUUGGAGCACACAUGCAGACAGUCCCAACAUGCACUACUGUUUAGAAGAGUCAGAAAGAGAUAUUUUUAAGUUCUUCGAAAUGAGAGUGUAAGGUGUGCCCUCAAAUGGUUAAGGUAUCUCCAGACCACCCAGAAAGCUGGGAUGUAGGGCACACAUUGCUCAAGAUAGGCUCUCCUUCUUCAAAUGAUCACUUGCCACCUCUGGUUCUACAAGCUGCCUUCUGCUUACACAAACAUUAGAUGCAAUGUGUUUAAGAUUGGUAAUUGGUGUCUCUUUUGAAAAUACAAGCUAUAGUCACACACACCCCCUUUAUGUUACAUAUAUGAAGCUGCCUAUGGGCAAAAGCUUAUAUAUUUGUUUAUUUCACAUCCAGCAGUGUUUUGAGCAAUAAAUCGAAGAGAGAGCACAUUACUAUUAUUAUUAUUAUUAUUAUUAUUAUUAUUAUUAUUAUUAUUAUUCCCUGCCCAUCUGGCUGGAUUUCCCUAGCGACUCUGGGUGGCCAAAAGUACAUAUAAAACAUAUUAAUGCAUCAAACAUUAAAAACAGGGCUGCCUUCAGAUGUCUUCUAAAAGUCAGGUAGUUGUUCAUUUCCUUUACAUUUUUAAGAAAAUGGAAGGAAAGUUCAAGGCACUCUGCUAGGCUAAAAUAUAAUUUAAAUCCAAACUAAAAUGUAUUAUCCUUACUAAUAACACAGCAAACCAAACUAAACACUGAGCAUGCUUCUGAAUCCAGCUGAUUUCCCCCCCAUUCAGCCUCCGAACUCAUUUCCUUCCAGUCGCUGAAGUUGUAAUCCCUGUGUAAACAGCUGUCUGUGUAUUCCUGAUGCCAUUUGCUUUUCCCAAGCACCCGGCUUGCUUUCAUUUUGCUUUCCUCCUAAGGCGAUCCACAACCCUGCUCACUCUUGCCAAUCCACAAUCCGAUUCUACGGAGAGAAUGCUUUCAGACAGUCAAGCAAACCCAAAAUAAGGCAGGAUAUGGAAACCAGGCUACAGUCUGUCAGGGGCAGCUGGGAGAAACUCUGCAAACCAUCACAAACUUUUUCUCUCUGUGCCGGGCAGCGUGUGUGUGUGUGUGUGUGCGUGCCAGCCACAUGCCUCUCUGCAAAGCAGGAUACACUUUGAGCUCCUCAAAGUGUUGGGAAAGUCGAGAUAUAAAUGUUAACAACAACAACAACAACACCACCACUUCAGUUAUCUGUCAAAGUGAGUUUCAGUCAAUAAUAAAAAAUAAUAAUAAAAUGGUGACACAGGACUCUGUUGUUUCCGUUAGAACGAUAGGGAAUAACUAUGUCGGAAUCAGUUACUUUAAUUGCUCUUUGCAUUUUUGUUGUCUCAGCUCCCGAAGUCAGGAAGCAAAAGAGUAGCUCACUCUGCCAUCUGCCCCCUGUAGUAGUGUAUAUAUUUAUAAAGACUUGUUAUGAUCCCAGAUCUUACGUGUAUAGCAGCCAGGAGAUUCUUGCCCAAUGCAACUCCCAAUGGCAUUGUAAAUCAAGAUGAAAAUAUACAGAGUUAAAUAAUUGUCAUGGGCGUAGCCAAGGGGGGGACAUUAGGGCACCUGCCCCCCCCCAGCCUCAAAAAAUAUUGAAAAGCAUUAAAAAUACUCAAUUAACUGAGGUUCUGCCCAGCAGAAGACUGCACCCCCCCACAACAAAAGUCUGCCCCUCAUAAUGUCCUCUUUGGGGGGGGGGGAUUUAUAAUGGUGCUCUCACAAAAAAGCUCAACAACUUUUGGGGCGAUCUCCUCCAAAAGCCCCCUCCCCCAAAGAAAUCCUGUCUACACCAAUGAUAAGUAUUGCAUUAAUAUGGGAAGGUAUCAAGACCUGAACUCCUGGGGAUUGCCAUUCUAAAUAAAAAAGAUAGGAGGUACAAGUUAUUGCCUGAUAUCAGUUGCUUAUGGCGUGAUGCAUAUUUGAUCCUCAUAUGGAUGACAGCUGCAUGUUGGGUUGGGCUAGAUGACCCUCAAGUUCCCUUCUAACUCUAAGAUUCUAUGAAUCUGUGAAUAGUUGGACGAGAUCUGUUGAAAUUAAGGGACAUGACUAAUUUAGGUCCAUUAAUUUCAGUGGGUCUGUCCUGAACAUAACUUAGUUGGAACUUAGCCCAUUGUGAUUUCUGUUCUGAUUGAUACACCACUUUCAGUUUUUGUUUUUAUUUUAAAAAGGAAGUGAUGAGGAGUGUAAAGGACCUUGGCAUAAUAUAUGUAAUACAGUGGUACCACGGGUUACAGACGCUUCAGGUUACAAAUGCUUCAGGUUACAGAUGCUUCAGGUUACAGACUCUGCUAACCCAGAAAUAGUACCUCAGGUUAGGAACUUUGCUUCAGGUUGAGAACAGAAAUUGCACGGCGGCAGCGGGAGGCUCCAUUAGCUUCAGAUUAAGAACAGUUUCAGGUUAAGAACGGACCUCCAGAACGAAUUAAGUUCUUAACCCGAGGUACCACUGUAUAUGGUGAUGUGCACAAUCCUGCAAUUUAUAUUCUCUAGUGUAUGUUUGAAAGGCACUACUAGCCUAUGGCUAGUUCUCCUGUAAUAUUUGUUAAAUGUUGCACCCUAGAAAACUAAAAUAACAUAGGAAAGUAGUUUUCAGGCAAGUCCUCACUCAUACGGCAAAAGCUACAACACGAAUUAAGUACACCUUUACAUGGAAGUGAUUUCCUUAGUAAUAAAUAGAAUCUACAAUAGCUGAGGCACAAGAACAAGCCUGCCCCCUCCUCACAACUUGCAUAACUUGUAUUUACCAGUGUGGUGUAGCUUUUAGUGUUUUAGAGUAUGGCCUGGGAGACCAGGGUUCAAAUUCCCACUCAGCAGUGAAGCUCACUGGACAACCUUGGGCCAGUCUCUCUCUCUCUCUUUCCCUCUCUUUGCCUAUUCUACCUUUCUGGUUUGUGGUGAGGAUAAAAUAAGAAAAAGGAGAACUAGGUGCACCGUCUUGAGCUCCUUGAACGAAAAAUGGGGUAGAAAUGCGAUAAAUAAAUAAAUAAUAAAAUAACAAAUAAUAAAACAUACCACUUAAUCAAAUAAAUAAAUCAAAUAUACCCGUGAGCUGGUCCAGAUACCACAUGGCAGCAGCAUUGCAUUUGACUCCCAAGGUCAGUUUUACAGUAAAUGGGUGUGCUAUAUUGUGCUGUCAUGUGUACAAAUUUAUUACAUUAUAUUUUGAGGUUCCUUAGGCACAUGGUCUCAGCAAUCCUAAGAAUGGAUCUGAAAAACAGGCCGGUAUAAUCCGGUGCAGUGCAGAGGGUGAUUUGCUUAGUGUCAUCGAACAGCUCUCUCUCUCCCUCAGAAAACAUACACUAUUAUUUUCAGACACAUUCACUACCCUCCCAAGUAAAAUUCCACUGUAUAAAUUUAACAAUAAAGAGGGGGUUUUUGGGGUGCGGGGAGAGAUUUCUGUGCUUUCCUGCUGGGUAAGAUUUAAAGCUACCUAGAAAGUUUAUAUCUAAGGACUAGUGCUGUUGUUUUUCUGGGGAGACGCAGGGGGACGCAUACCCCUAAACAUAUUGUGAAUCUUUGUACUUUUAUCUAUUUACUGUAUUUAUUUUCCCUGAUUUGAACUAUAAAAUGGUGAUUUUCUUGAAUCAAAAUAAGAGUACCCCUAAACAUUUUUUUUUUGGGGGGGAGCACUCCUGAGGACAGAUUUGAUCCUAACUCCCAGGAAGUUGCAACAACAAUCAGGAUUUUUAUCUGGGUUGUGGGUCUGAUCUGGAUAUGCAUGUGUGUCUACACAGAAUAGUUUGAAACUGCUUUAGAUGUGCUAAUGAAUCUGCCCAUAGCAAAACGUUUGCAGACAUGGGUUGCAUAUGAUACCCGGCUGCGUGAAUAUCAUCUAGCCCAGAAGCACGAUAGCAAAUUUUGAAGGUAGCACUGUGCUGAGGUGGGAAAGGGGGUGUUAUCUCUACUUACAAUAAAAAGCAGGGCUGGAAGAACUUUGGCCAUGUUUGUUUGUUUUUCGUUGUUGUGGGGUGUUUUUUGUUAGCAGUAGUGACUGGACUGCUCCAUACAGUAUAUGUUUUUACAAUGUUAUUAGUUCUCUUUAACAUGAUAACCACUUCAUAAAGUCACAGAAAUCACUCUCUGCGUAGCCGCAUUAAAUGCUACAUUUAAUGUCUCGCAUUCCCCUCAGUAUUUACCACAGUGUGUGCACCUGAAGUAAAAAGGGGAGAAAAGCUGUCUGUUUGGCCAUAAAUGCCAUUGGAAUUUUACAAAUAUAGGCACAUCGUGCUCAGAGAGAUGAUUUAACCUUGCUUUAACCUACACCUACAAAUGUGGCAGUCUUCCUUUUCUUGUGUUGAGCGGCUACAUUCCUUUGUUGUGCUCUCCUGAGAUAUUCAGCAGGGCAGAAAGAAGCUAAUACACAAGUGGGAACUUUUCCACAGUUCCUAGACAGCAGCUAAACAAUCAGUCCAAACAUUUAAAAUCACUCCCUGGCAAGGAAAACACAUUUUACUGUAGAUCCAAACUUUGAAUACACAUCCUCCAAGAGUAAAAAGGAAGGAUAAGAUGCCCUUGGCCUGGAGUCUGGGGUUAAUGAGUGUUAAUGGGUGUCACCUUCUUGGUCCCCAUUUUUUUAUCUCUUCCUCAUGCCCCCCCCCCACAAUUUGGAGCAGCUGGAAUCUAAAACUUCAGGCCCUGUGUAUAAAUAUAGCAGUCUGCCUUCAGCCUUUUUUGAAACUGCAAGAAAGUGAGGAAGGGAAAAGCACGCCAGAAUUUUUAAAAAGGUCAUGUUUUUGUUGUUGCUCCAGAUGAUGCUGCUUUCAUGGCUUAAAACAACAGAGCAAAUGGCUGUACUGCGGAAGAAAAGGAGAUUUCUACACCUCCUGCCUCAAGACAGAAAUACGCUAGUGAAAUAUCUAAGGGGCCAAGAAGGAACUCUGGCAGAUACUGGUUUGUUUGGGACACACCUCUUGGCAGAAAUGGAGGGCGAGAGGCAAAAUGGCCCAGAGGUGCCUAGGUUUCUUUUGGCCUAUAAAGAUAGACAUGCCACUCAAGAUUUGGGAAACAGAAUUUCUUCCACAAGUGCAUCUCCAGAGAGAACGCAAAACGCUCCUUGCCACCCUCACAGGAAAAGGGAAGCAGAACUGCCCUUCAGGAAAGAUGCCAAGAAGUUCUGGGACCUUUUCAUGUUGAAAAGCAAGUCACGGUCUGAUGUGAUUGUCCUUCCAAUCAAGACAAAUGAAAUGUAUCAGGAGACCUGCAGCACCAUCCCAUUCUCUCAGGUAAAGUUAAAUCUUAAAAUCAGCACUUAACCCAACGCUCCUUCUAUAUACUUAGGAACAUCCAGUGACGCUACUAUUUGCAUUGCAACUUUAAUUUGCAAAAUGGUUCACACACACACACACACACACACACACACACACCCAUAGUAACCCUGUGAGGCGGGCCAUUGUUUUCCAGAUUUACAGAAGUGCGAGGGCUGAUUUGCCCAUGGUCUUAUCAGUGCAAAAUUUGCUUGUAGAAGCAAAAAAAACAUUGUAAGUGUCUGUGCCAGAGACAGCCUGUAGCUUUGGGCGGCUAAAAAGUUUCGUUGCAAUAACCUGUUUGUUUAUUUGUUCUAGUUACAAGUAGGUAGCCGUGUUGGUCUGCUGUAGUUGAAACAAAAUAAAAAAAUUCCUUCCAGUAGCACCUUAGAGACCAACUAAGUUUGUAAUUGGUAUAAGCUUUUGUGUGCAUGCACACUUCCUCAGAUUUGUUUUGUUUUUGUUUGUUUUUAUAAAAAAUUACAAACACUUGGAAGCAUGUCAAUGCUUCAGGUGCAUGAUUCCCAUUUUAUACGAUGGAAGUUUCAGAAAACAAUAUACAGUGCUAGAUUUUAGAGCACAGGAAUGUAUGUUUCUGCCUUGAAUUUAUUUUCAUUUUAUUUAUCUGAGCUAUUUCUAUACCACUUAAUACUUGACAUUUCUAAGCGGUGUACACAAAAAUGAUAAAAAACCAUACAGUGGAUAAAAUUAUAUAUAUAUAAAAAACCAGAAACUCUCCUAAAAUGCCUGUUGAAAUAGAAAAAGGGCCUAUUCCCACCCCCCACCCCCCAGUAAUUGUAGCAGCAAAUAUAAAAAGUGACUUAAUUUUUUUAAAAAAAUGUAAUUCUGUAUGAAGAUAAUGGUUUUAUAUGGAGCUGAUGUAGCAUACUAGUUGAGUGCCUGAGAAAUGUGCUUACAAGCCCUGGCUCAAAUCUCUGUUUAGCUGUGAACUCACUGGUAGUCAGAUGGGAAGCCACUAUUUCUCACUCCCCUAUUUGUAAUAUGGAAAUAAUAUUACUGGCCCACUACAGAGUGUUGAUCUAAAGACUACUGAGAUACGUUUUGAAUAAUGCCUUCAUAUUUCAAAAGUAUUCCAUAUGAUUCCAUUUCUUGUAUUUAUAUGCUGUCUAAUGAAGUGCCAUAGAACGUGCUUUAACAGCGGUGUGCUUUCUUUCAGAGCAUUGCACAUGAGAACUGUGAGGAUCUGGUGGUGCAAAACAACUUGUGCUUCGGCAGGUGCAGCUCUUUUCACGUUCCUGGUCUUGAAGAUCGCCUUUACACCUUUUGCUCGCACUGCUUGCCCACCAAGUUUUCCACGGAACGUUUGGAGAUGAAUUGCACAACCGCUGCUCCUGUAAUCAAGGUCGUCAUGAUCGUUGAAGAAUGCAAGUGUGAGGUUCAGAAAACAACAGAUCUCAAAAUGGGAUUUCUGCACUCAGAUCUGCAUGCCAAUGUGUAUGAACAAAACUGA